AUCAUCCGGGUUCAGUCCCCGAACGGGAUGAAGAAGAUCCCCGCCACCAAGAAAGAGACAGCAGCCGCUUUCCUCAAUAAGGUAUGGAAACAUGACAUGAAGACAAACAUGGGCUCUGAGUGAUAUUGUAGGCUGUAUGGUUGGGCUGUAUACAAAAACCAACUACUCCCCACAAACACAUGGAAAACUUGUGGGUCUUUCUGUCAUUCUGUAGUCAUAUUCAUAGUACAUUCUGUCCAACUGUGCUAUUGGCCAGGUAGCGUCAGAAGAUGGUCAUCUUUCUCUCUCUUUCUCCCUUUGCCUAGCCUGUGCUCAACCUCAGUGUUAAUUUAUUUAUGAGGCAGGCAGCUCUGCAGUAAAGGGGGGGGGGGGGGUAUUUCUGCAGUGUUCCCCAUUGCCUGUGCACUGGGCAGCUAAUGGGAGUGGCCAUCCACUGUGGAAGGAUCCGAUGCAUGGCCCAGCAGAGACCUGUGGGUGUUAUGUGGAGAGGUAGAGCUGUGUGUUAGAGGGAGAGGUAGAGCUGUGUGUUAUUGCAAUGCCUUUGAACAGUGGUUUAUAAAUAGCUGUAUCACAGCAGCUUGCUUGCUUGCCUGCCAGUCUUGGACCUCGGCGACUGUGAGACAGUAUUGGGUAGGAAAUCAAUGAAAUACCUUAAAGGGGCAGUCAGUAGUUCGGACAACAACUAAGUGCCCACCCCACCACUGUUUUGGUAAAGAGCUGAGGGAUGGGGUUUGAGAAAUGUAACCACUUUCAAAUUCAUAGACGGCUAUGGAUACAAAGAAUAUCCAUCCAUGACAUCAACAUUAUAGUUAACCAUGUUUUGAAGCUAAAUAGUGUUUGUUUACAAUUACAUAGUUUACAAACAAUGGAGUAAAACAAGCUUAUAUUUUGUGUUCUGAUGGAGUAAGACAGUUGAACUAAGCUCAUGAAGCAUUUAUAAGUUAUAUUAUUCAAGAAUCAAUGGGUACAUUUAAUUUAAGUCAAAAAAUGGAUGUAGCAAUUACAGAUUGCCCAUCAAAGUCAAUUCCAAUAUCAGUGUCUGAAAAAUAAGUGACCGGCUGUUUGGUUAGAGUGGAGAAGGGUUGCCUCUUAAAAAUUCAUGUCUUUUAGUUAAAACAGAAAUGUGUUGCAGAUCAAUGGAGAGAGUAGUCUAUUGUGUAUUCCCUGCCUCUGAUGUGCAGUCAGUCAGUCAGUCAGUCAGUGAGAGGGAGAGAUGGAGAGUUGCAUGAAGAGCCCAGAGAGAGGCACUGUGUCUGAUCCAACAGGGAGGGAGGAAUUUGCCCAGAUGCAUUCAUACGUUAUACUCCUUUGCAUGGCGUUGUUAUAUUUAUGCUGAUAUAGGCUAGGCCGCUACUGUUGUCUUGCCCAUAAGAAUGAAUGAAAUGCAUUUUUGUGACCUGUUCAUCUCCCUAGAUAACUUUGGGUAGAAUGUCAAGUAUGGCUGACACAGGAUUUUUACCUUGAGCAGUCUACUGAUAGAGGAUCUUCACACUAACUAGACUUUUCGCAAAAAUACCGUCGCAGGGCUUUACAGUGCUAUCACUUUGGCCACAUAUGCUCCUAAAUAUUUUACUGUGCUAACUGGAAUUUUUAUUUGGGAGCACCAGUGCCCCUAGGGGGAAAACUUUUCUAAUUGCUAGCGAUUCUUAUUAUUAAUACCUCAAAUAUUUUUCAUUGUGCUCCUACAUUUUUCAACAAAGUGAGCACAUGUGCGCCUUGUAAAAAAUGUCAGCGUAAAGCCCCGGCUAUAUUUUACUGCAAACUUGUCACGGCGGUAGCGCACGACACUCGCCUGACAGUUGCCCCCUUAUGUGUUGUAUUGGAACUGUUUUAUUGUAGCGCAUGGUGCAAGUAUAGGCAUGACGUCAUAAAAGGUGAUUGGGCAAGUCAGUCCGCGUGCAUCCGUCAUCAUAAGUCCAGUGAAGACAGUCUCCUGUGUUAUGUUUAAGUGAUAAUGCCUGAGAAUCCGGUGUUUGGAGGAUAUAUUGGCAUGGGUGUUGUUCGUCGAGGGCCGGCAAACCAUGCCAAUAUAUCCUCCAAACAUCGGCUUUGAGGGCAUUAUCACUUUUAUACCCAGUCGUUCGUUGGAAAUUUUCAAUUGCCAUACAGGCUGGCAACGUGCCAAUCCCUUGCUUGCUAGCUAGACAUCUACGGCUAACUUGUAGUGAAGUCAAACAGUGCAGCCAGAAUAACAACAAAGUAGCUGCAUUUGCAUUUGUUUAAGCUGUUUUCUAGUGACAUUUAUUUGGAAACAUCCAUAACAAUGAGCUAAUGAUGCGCGAUUUCACCUGGCAUAGAAAAUGUUCUCUCUCGUCAGCACACUGUUGUUCAGAGGAGCUAGCUAACAACACAGCUAACACAAUCACUUCAAACUGAAGCUGGAAAGACUGCAAACUAGAAGCACUUUGUUUUGUUUUAACUGUUUGCUAUUUACAUUUCUUUGUAUACAGUGGGGGGAAAAAAGUAUUUAGUCAGCCACCAAUUGUGCGAGUUCUCCGACUUAAAAAGAUGAGAGGCCUGUAAUUUUGAUCAUAGGUACACGUCAACUAUGACAGACAAAUUGAGAAGAAAAAAAUCCAGAAAAUCACAUUGUAGGAUUUUUAAUGAAUUUAUUUGCAAAUUCUGGUGGAAAAUAAAUAUUUGGUCACCUACAAACAAGCAAGAUUUCUGGCUCUCACAGACCUGUAACUUCUUCUUUAAGAGGCUCCUCUGUCCUCCACUCGUUACCUGUAUUAAUGGCACCUGUUUGAACUUAUCAGUAUAAAAGACACCUGUCCACAACCUCAAACAGUCACACUCCAAACUCCACUAUGGCCAAGACCAAAGAGCUGUCAAAGGACACCAGAAACAAAAUUGUAGACCUGCACCAGGCUGGGAAGACUGAAUCUGCAAUAGGUAAGCAGCUUGGUUUGAAGAAAUCAACUGUGGGAGCAAUUAUUAGGAAAUGGAAGACAUACAAGACCACUGAUAAUCUCCCUCGAUCUGGGGCUCCACGCAAGAUCUCACCCCGUGGGGUCAAAAUGAUCACAAGAACGGUGAGCAAAAAUCCCGGAACCACACGGGGGGACCUAGUGAAUGACCUGCAGAGAGCUGGGACCAAAGUAACAAAGCCUACCAUCAGUAACACACUACGCCGCCAGGGACUCAAAUCCUGCAGUGCCAGACGUGUCCCCCUGCUUAAGCCAGUACAUGUCCAGGCCCGUCUGAAGUUUGCUAGAGUGCAUUUGGAUGAUCCAGAAGAGGAUUGGGAGAAUGUCAUAUGGUCAGAUGAAACCAAAAUAGAACCUUUUGGUAAAAACUCACCUCGUCGUGUUUGGAGGACAUAGAAUGCUGAGUUGCAUCCAAAGAACACCAUACCUACUGUGAAGCAUGGGGGUGGAAACAUCAUGCUUUGGGGCUGUUUUUCUGCAAAGGGACCAGGACGACUGAUCCGUGUAAAGGAAAGAAUGAAUGGGGCCAUGUAUCGUGAGAUUUUGAGUGAAAACCUCCUUCCAUCAGCAAGGGCAUUGAAGAUGAAACGUGGCUGGGUCUUUCAGCAUGACAAUGAUCCCAAACACACCGCCCGGGCUUCGUAAGAAGCAUUUCAAGGUCCUGGAGUGGCCUAGCCAGUCUCCAGAUCUCAACUCCAUAGAAAAUCUUUGGAGUAGGGCUGAACGAUUAAUUGCAUUCGCGAUAAUAUCGCGAUUUGACUGAACGCGAUUUUCUAAUCGCAACGUGCGCGAUUUGAGGUGGUCACGUGACGCGACUUUUCAUGCUGUCCAGCGCAAUGGCCUCUUGCUCGACGGAACAGUCAGAAACUGACACAGCUGAUACUUUAAUAUCGAAGAGGAACAGCACGUCGGUGGUGUGGAACUAUUUUGGUUUUAAAAAAGAAGAUGCUGAGCAGCGUCAGGUGUUGUGCAGAGCAUGCCGUGCUCCGAUUGCUACUUCACGGGGUAACACUACAAACCUGUUUCAGCACUUAAAAAAAUACCACGAAUCAAUGCAUGACAGUUGUAUGACCAAAAUGCCGAGCAUCAGUGCGCGAGACAAGCCAAAUACCUCAAGACAGGGAUCACUGACAGAAAUGUUCGAAAGUGUCACUCCGUAUGAACGUAAUUCAAAACGGCACGGAGAAAUCACUCGGACAAUAACCGAGUUCAUAGCCAAAGAUAUGAUGCCUCUCAGUCGCAGAGGCAGAGAUAAACAAUUACCUGAUGACUCCUACCAUUGAUGGAGAAGAUGAUCCAUUGGCUUGGUGGAGGGUGCACAAGAUCAGCUACCCACAGUUGUGCACCAUGGCACGCAAGUAUCUUUGUGUACCUGCUACAAGCGCUCCCUCAGAGCGUCUUUUUAGCACAGGAGGGAAUAUUGUGACUUGCACUCGCUCAUCCUUGAAGCCAGAAAAAGUCAAUAUUCUGGUUUUCUUAGCAAAAAACCUGUGAGCCACUGAGAACAGAACUGUUGGAUAAGUAUGGCUGGCAGUGCCAUACUCGUAGUGAACUUUAGUCUGUGUGGUGUGUUAUUGUUGUGUACUUGAGAUAAGUGAGGCUCAUCUAUUUUAUAUUAUAAUAUUCAAAUCGUUUAUAAAAAAUAGUUUGUCUAAAUUAAAAGUGCAUUUCUCAUUUUUUAUUUAUAACUUUAUUUACUUUGAUUUUACAAAAUAUUUUCAAAGCAAAUUCCUUGUUUCAGUUGUGUGAAAUGUUACUGACUUGGGAGCAGUAAGAUACAUACAAUUUAAAAUUAUUUUUUUCUUAAGACUGUACCUUUUGCACACAGUGUUUACAAAGUUCAUGCCUUUGUUUAAAUUAUUUAAAUGCACAGUGGCAAAGCCACAGAUGUUUCUGUAAUGAGCAGUUCAAUAAAAAUGUCAUUUAUUUCAAGUCAUACAUGUUUGAAUUUAAUUCUAACAAAUAGACCCAGCCUAUGGGAAAGAACAUUUCACACUAAAUGUAUAUACUAUUGUGUUGGUCAUAUUUAUAUCAUUCAUUAUGUUUUGUAGGGGAAAAAGGAUAAAUAAAUUAAAUUGCAUAUUAAAUCGCAAUCGCAAUAUUGGGGGCAAAAAAUCGCAAUUAGAUUAUUUUCCAAAAUCGUUCAGCCUUAAGCGACAGCCCCAAAACAUCACUGAUCUAGAGGAGAUCUGCAUGGAGGAAUGGGCCAAAAUACCAGCAACAGUGUGUGAAAACCUUGUGAAGACUUACAGAAAAUGUUUGACCUGUGUCAUUGCCAACAAAGGGUAUAUAACAAAGUAUUGAGAAACAUUUGUUAUUGACCAAAUACUUAUUUUCCACCAUAAUUUGCAAAUAAAUUCAUUAAAAAUCCUACAAUGUGAUUUUCUGGAAAGAAAAAUUCUCAUUUUGUCUGUCAUAUUUGAUGUGUACCUAUGAUGAAAAUUACAGGCCUCUCUCAUCUUUUUAAGUGGGAGAACUUGCACAGUUGGUGGCUGACUAAAUACUUCCCCCCCCCCCCCCCCACUGUAUAUCCAUAAAAAUUAUGCUGAUUCAUGAUUUCGACUGGCUGAGAAAAGCUGCCUGUCUGCCUCAUCCUGACUCCCAACCCCUACACAUUCAUUACUAUAGGACAGCGGGAGAUAUAAUUUCAAUACUGAAACAGUGGUGCAAAUGUCAGACAGACAGCAAAGUUUAUACAAAUCUCCGCUAUUGAAAACCAAUUUUUAGUCUAAAAGAAAUGGGAGACAAUGUCUAGAUUAUGUUUUACAGUGGAGAUCAAGUUUAUAAAUUGUCUGGCUGGGCUGAUGAGACAGUGGAUUGCUUAGUGAGAUGGAACAGAGUAAAUAGGCAUUUCAACGUCAUAGCUUUAGCCGGUGGUAACUUGUGGAAUGGACACCGGCUGGAAUGCGGUUUUAACCGAUCAGCGUCCAGGAUUAGACUCACCCGUUGUAUAACACUUAUUGAUUCCUUAAAGUCAACCAAAGUGAUAUUCGCCUCCAGAUUCUUCAUAUAUAGCAUAACACUACAUGGUGUCAGAAGAUCAUUAAUGAUGGCUAUGUUUCCACCUCCAGAAGACUUCGACUUCGGUCACCCAGAACGCUGGCCAGAAUGGCGCCAAACAAUUUCAUCGUUACAGGAUAGCAACUAACCUAAACAAAGAGGAUGGAGAGGUACAAGUUUGUACUCUGCUCUAUUCGCUGGGUUAAGAAGCUGAACAAGUUUUCAGGACAUUCAUGUUUUCUAUGGAGGAGGAUUAGAACUAUUAUGAGAUUGUUUCUGGGUAAGCUGGACAAUUAUUUUGUGCCCAAAAAGAACACUGUUCAUAAAAGAGCCCGCUUUCAUCAGCGCGCCCAAAAGCCUGCGGAAUCCGCUGAGGAAUACAUCAAAGCCUACACGAGCUAGCUGAUAAAUGCUCUGUCGACAUUGCCAAGAACCAAGAAUAUAUCCGUGACAGGUUGGUCAUAGGGAUAUUAGAUAAGGAGUUGUCAGAGAAGCUUCAACUAACGCCUGACUUGACGCUUGACAAAGCGGUAGAGCUUGUGAGGCAAUCAGAGCAAGUAAAGGGGCAUAUUAGCGAACAAGGGGCUAAUGCUAACGGUGCACAGCUCAGUGAAAUAGCAUACAAAUGCAUGGUGCAGAAACAGGCAUGUACAGAACAAAGGGGCCAAAGCAAAAGGACACCAUGUGAACAUGACAGGAUGCAAACGCUUCAGAUGUGAUAAGGCACAUACUGAUGUGCUACUAAGAAUGCAGAAUGCCACAACUGUAGGAAGAUGGGGCAUUUCGCGGUCGUUUGUCGCUCGCGUGUGGUCAACAAGGUUACUGCACCCAACGAGGGAGGAGAAGCGGAUGAGUUCCAUAUCCUGGGAGUCACAGAUGUUGAUGACUCAAACAAUGCACGGACAGUGAAACUGCCAAUAAAAGUUACUGUAUUAGACUUUUUAAGAUUGAUACAGGGGCAGAUACAAGUGUCGUAUCAGAAAAUACUUAUAGCACACUGAAAAACAUGCCACCACUGAAUAGCACAGUAACUAAACUAGACUGCAAAGGGGGUAAAAACUCAUUCUGAUUGGCUGGGCCUGGCUCCCCAGUAAAUCAGAAUUAUUUUUUCCCCCCCCCACAAAAGUUAUUUAAUUCAGACAGAAAUACUCCUCAGCACCCACCACCCUCGAAUGUGGAGGUCUUGGGCAAGCGUGGUUACACGUGGUCUGCGGUUGUGAGGGCGGUUGGAUGUACUGCCAAAUUCUCUAAAAUGACGUUCGAGGCGGCUUAUGGUAGAGAACAUUCAAUUCUCUGGCAACAUCUCUAGUGGACAUUCCUGCAGUCAGCAUGCCAAUUGCACGCUACCUCAACUUGAGACAUCUGUGGCAUUGUGCUGUGUGACACAACUGCACAUUUUAGUGGCCUUUUAUUGUCUCCAGCACAAGGUACACCUGUGUAAUGAUCAUGCUGGUUAAUCAGCUUCUUGAUAUGCCACACCUGUCAGGUGGAUGGAUUAUCUUGGCAAAGGAGAAAUGCUCACUAACAGGGAUGUAAACAAAUUUCUGCACAUUUCAGAGAAGCUUUUUGUGCAUAUGGAACAUUUCAGGGAUAUUUUAUUUCAGCUCAUGAAACGCUGUUUAGGUUCAAAGUGUAUGUGAUAAAGGGGUCGCGUGGAAGCCAUCUGCUAGGCCGUAAUGUCGCUGUUGUAAUGGGCUUGGUGAAGAGAUCAAAAACACAAAGUAGCUUGAGUGCUCAUCCUGCAGAUGUGGACAAGCUGAAGACUAAACCAACCAAAAUAAUUCAGAAAUAUGAUGCGGUGCCCUACAGUGUAAACACAGCCAGUCGUGUGUCAGUGCCCAUGCUCCCCAAAGCGAAAUAGGAGCUUGACCGCAUGGAAGUGAGUGGUGUGAUCACGGAGAUCAGGGAGCCUACAGAGUGAGGUGAUCUAAUGAUCCUGGGACCCAAGAAAAACAAAGACUAGCUGAGGGUAUGUGCUGACCUGAUAUGGUUAAACAAAUCUGUGAAAAGGGAGAAAUAAAUUCUACCCACCAUGGACGAUAGCCUGCCAAAACUUGCUGGUGCAGAGGUGUUUUCUCUUUCAGAUGCAGCAAGUGGCUUCUGGCUGAUUCCACUAGACAGAGUGCCAAGCUUACCACAUUCAUAACGCCUUUUGGAAGGUUUUUUUUAACAGCCUUCCAUUUGGAAUCACUAGUGCUCCAGAAAUCUUCCAGCGCGAGAUGGACAGAGCUCCUGAUGGACGAAGAAGGCGUGGCCAUUUACAUGGAUAAUAUACUUAUUUACUCGGACACGCCAGAGGAUCAUGUGGUGAGACUCCAGAAAACCCUAUACGCACUGGAGAAAGCUCAACCCAGACAAAUGUCUACUGCGUCAGAAAAGGCUUAACUACCUAGGAUACUGCAUCGACGAGAAUGGCAUUUUUCCUGAUGAGUUCAAGAUCCAGGUCGCCAUGUAAUGUCUGAUCUGAGGAGGAUCCUGGGUAUGAUUCACUACCUAGGCAGGUACCUACUGGGUCUAGCCGAUGUCAACAAACCACUCAACGACUCUGCUCAAGAGUGAUGCUACAUGGACAUGCAGUGCAGGAGGAGGCCUUUAAGAAGGUAAAAAGUAUCGUCACAGAGUCACCUCUACUGGCAUUCUAUAAUAUGACAAAGCCUACCGUAGUCAGUGCAGAUGCCAGUAGUUAAGGGUUAGGCGGGGUCCUACUACAAAAAUAAGCUGGAUAGUUAAAGCCAGUAGCUUAUUGCUCCAGGACUCUCACAGAUGCAGAGAAGCACUAUGCACAGAUAGAAAAGCAGUGUCUCGCAGCAGUCUGGACAUGUGAGAAGUUUACCAGAUAUCUGUAUGGCCUCGAUACAUUCACACUGCAGAGUGAUCACAAACCUCUUAUUCCACUAAUGAACUGUAAAGACCUUGACUCAGUGCCUUUGAGGUGUCAGAGACUGUUGAUGCGCAUGAUGCUUAUAACCCUGCAGCUAAGUAUGUGCCGGGAAACAGCAUGUUAUAGCAGACACCCUUUCCAGACAUCCCCAGGCAGCUGUUACACGAGAGAUCGUAGAUGUGACCAGUGAAAUCGAGUCCGAUGAGGAUGUAGUUCGUACAGCAUUGCCUAUCUCACCCACCAAGCUUGACGUCGUCAAGAAGCAGACACAACCAGGGGUAGCCUAGCGGUUAUGAGCGUUGGGCCAGUAACCGAAAGGUAGCUGGUUCGAAUACCCGAGACGACUAGGUGAAUAAUCUGUCGACGUGCCCUUGAGAAAGGCACUUAACCCUAAUUGCUCCUGUAAGUUGCUCUAGAUAAGAGUGUCUGCUGAAAGACAUAUGUAAACUGAGAUGUUGAAGCGCAUACACGAUUGUGAAGUGCCGGGGCUAGAGGUAGUGUGUGGUUGCCUGGAAUAAGUAAAAACAUCCAGGAAAUAUUCAGUACAUGCAAACACUGCCAGGAGUCCAAACCUACUCAGAGGAGGGAACUUCUGAUCACAACUCCAUUCCCAAGUUGCCCAUGGGGAAAGAGUAUCAGCUGACAUAUGUGAACUCAACAAGCAAAACUACUUGAUAGUUGUGGACUAUUUCUCUUGAUGUAUAGAAAUAGCUUACCUCAAAUACAUGUCAGGAGAAACUACUAGAGCUAAACUGAAGAGCAUCUUCGCCAGGUGGGGGUGACCAAAUAUUCUAAUUACAGACACCUAAUCUCUUUACCUAUUCUCUUUCCACAGCCGUGUCAUGAGUCUGGCAAGAGAGACUAAUCAUUAUUUCCCUAUUUUUACUGUCAGGUGGGCAAAGAGUUUGGCUUCACCUCCAACGGCUUCUCUAUCUUCCUGAACCGCAACAAGACCGAUGAGAUCCAGUCCCAGAAUAAGACCCUCAGCCUGCUCAAGAUCAAGUGAGUUUGGAGAAACAUUGGUUUGUUACUAUUAGACCUAAAACACACCUGUCACUCGGUUCUCCCCAGGAGUUUUUAACAAGGUGAUGCUGCUGAGUAUAGUAGCGGGAGGGUUGUGUUUUUUAACACAUGUAACUUCCAUUUUCUGCAAUCUAGAGCAAAAAAUGGCCUUAAAUAGCUAGGUUUCCAUCCACUUGGCGACACAUUUUCAGGCAAGUAUUCUAGAAUCCGCAUAAAGAAAAUAUGCACAUUUUCCCACAAGUGGUGUUCCCACUAAAUGGACUUGUUGCGGAUAAAAAUCAGUGUGUGAUGACGUAGUGCACACAAUGUACUUUUUCACUUAAGUUUUCAUGUACCGAAUAAAAAUCUAAAGUUCAAUAUGUUUCCAUCGCAUUUUCAACUCCUAACGAUUUAGUUUUGUCACAAACUGUUGCUUUAAAUCGCAAAUGUGCCUACUCCGGUCUUGGCAGGUGAGCUCUAGCCAACAGGUCGCAGAUACAUGAUGACAUUAUUAUGGAUAAAAGCGAGAAUAUUUGUCAAAUUGCAGUCGGGCAUCGAUCAUGUCACCAGAACAAGACCCUCAAUAUUUAUUGGAAAGGAGCGUCAAGAUCACAGUGCACUUUCACCACCCUGUGAAGUUCAUAACUUAUUUAAUCUGUAGCCUAAUAAACUGUUUGUCUUAGUGGGAGGACCACAGCCCAUAUCAUCACGUGAGUGACUCCAAGUUUACUUUGAUACGAUGGUUAUUAUAUCAAUAUUUCCACCGCCAUUUCUCGCAUAAUUAAUUUUACAAACACAAAAUGAUCCCACCACGUUGAACAAACAAAUGAUCUGUCGACAUUUAUACAAUUGUACCGCGACUCCCUGUUCCAGCACAGCUGUCGCAGUUAUAUUUUUAUAUAUACGGUAUGACUUUACUCACAUCAAAACUGUAGAUAGAAACGUGGUUAGAGAUAACAAAAUACUUCAAAUAACAAAUUACAGUGGUGCAGCCAGUGCACAAGGUGACGCAGCACCCCUCUUACAUUCUUUGGGGAGAACCCUGUCACUAAUUGUUAGGCUACUCCAUUUAGCUAGAUACACAUGUAGUCAUUAUUUACACUGAUUAUACCAAACAUUAGGAACACCUUCCUAAUAUUGAGUUGCACCCCCCUUCUUUUGCCCUAAGAACAGCCAGUCUUCGUCAAGCGUUCCACAUGGAUGCUGGCCCAUGUUGACUCCAAUGCUUCCCACAGUUGUCAAGUUGGCUGGGUGUCCUUUGGGUGGUGGACCAUUCUUGAUACACACGGGAAACUGUUGAGCGUGAAAAACCCAGCAGUGCUGCAGUUCUUGACACAAACCGGUGUGCCUCGCACCUACUUCCAUACCCCGUUCAAAGGCACUUAAAUAUUUUGUCUUGCCCAUUCACCCUCUGAAUGGCACACAUACACAAUCAAUUUCUCAAGGCUAAGAAAUCUUUCUUUAACCUGUCUCCUCCCCUUCAUCUACACUGAUUUGAAGUGGAUUUAACAAGUGACAUCAAUAAGGGAUCAUAGCUUUCACCUGGAUUUACCUGGUCAGUCCGUCAUCGAAAGAGCAGGUGUUCUUAAUGUUUUGUACGCUCAGUGUAUAUCGUCAUUUCAUUUUGUUCACUUGUUAUUAUCUUGGAUUAUCAUUAUGCUCAUUGUGUGUGUGUUUCUCUAGACAUGGAGACAUGCUCUUCCUGUACCCCUCGGGCUCCCCAGGACCCUCAGGAGAGACCAUGGAUGUGGCCACGCCUCACUCUUCAUCAUCACUACCCUCAUCCUCGUCUUCAUCAUCCAUGAUGUCACGCUCCCACUCGGGACCCCACAUCCCCGAGGACGAGAUUGACCAGGACCUGGCCAAGCAGGAGGGCAAGAUCUACAGGAACAAAGAUCCACAGCUGUAAGAGAUUUAUAUCAUUUCUGUACGUUGUUGUAUUGAAGCAAAGAUACACAGCAACAGAGAUCCACAGCUGCAAUAUAUUUAUAGACUUAAAGAUCUACGGCAGGGGUGUCAAACUCUGGGCAGAGUGUCUGCAGGUUUUUGGUUUUCCUUUCAAUGAAGACCUAGACAACCAGGUGAGGGGAGUUCCUUACUAAUUAGUGACCUUCCAUUCAUCAAUCAAGUACAAGGGAGGAGCGAAAACUUGCAGACACUCGGCCCUCCAUGGAAUGAGUUUGACACGUGAUCUACGGAAAUGGAGAUCCACAGCUGUAAGAGAUUUAUAGAAUUAAAGAUUAACAGAAACCGAGAUCCACAGCUCUAAGAUAUAUAUAUAUAUAUAUAUAUAUAUAUAUAUAUAUAUAUAUAUAUAUAUAUAUAUAUAUAUAUAUACAUACAUACAUACAUACAUACAUACAUACAUACAUACAUACAUACAUACAUACAGUGAGGGGAAAAAAGUAUUUGAUCCCCUGCUGAUUUUGUACGUUUUCCCACUGACAAAGAAAUGAUCAGUCUAUAAUUUUAAUGGUAGGUUUAUUUGAACAGUGAGAGACAGAAUAACAACAAAGAAAUCCAGAAAAACGCAUGUCAAAAAUGUUAUAAAUUGAUUAGCAUUUUAAUGAAAUAAGUAUUUGACCCCCUCUCAAUCAGAAAGAUUUCUGGCUCCUAGGUGUCUUUUAUACAGGUAACGAGCUGAGAUUAGGAGCACACUCUUAAAGGGAGUGCUCCUAAUCUGUUUGUUACCUGUACAAAAGACACCUGUCCACAGAAGCAAUCAAUCAAUCAGAUACCAAACUCUCCACCAUGGCCAAGACCAAAGAGCUCUCCAAGGAUGUCAGGGACAAGAUUGUAGACCUACACAAGGCUGGAAUGGGCUACAAGACCAUCGCCAAGCAGCUUGGUGAGAAGGUGACAACAGUUGAUGCGAUUAUUCGCAAAUGGAAGAAACACAGAAUAACUGUCAAUCUCCCUCAGCCUGGGGCUCCAUGCAAGAUCUCACCUCGUGGAGUUGCAAUGAUCAUGAGAACGGUGAGGAAUCAGCCCAGAACUACACGGGAGGAUAUUGUCAAUGAUCUCAAGGCCGCUGGGACCAUAGUCACCAAGAAAACAAUUGGUAACACACUACGCCGUGAAGGACUGAAAUCCUGCAGCGCCCGCAAGGCCCCCCUGCUCAAGAAAGCACAUAUACAGGCCCGUCUGAAGUUUGCCAAUGAACAUCUGAAUGAUUCAGAGGAGAACUGGGUUAAAGUGUUGUGGUCAGAUGAGACCAAAAAUCGAGCUCUUUGGCAUCAAUCGAGCUCUCACCGUGUUCGGAGGAGGAGGAAUGCUGCCUAUGACCCCAAGAACACCAUCCCCACCAUCAAACAUGGAGGUGGAAACAUUAUGCUUUGGGGGUGUUUUUCUGCUAAGGGGACAGGGCAACUUCACCACAUCAAAGGGACGAUGGACGGGGCCAUGUACCGUUAAAUCUUGGGUGAGAACCUCCUUCCCUCAGCCAGGGCAUUGAAAAUGGGUUGUGGCUGGGUAUUCCAGCAUGACAAUGACCCAAAACACACGGCCAAGGCAACAAAGGAGUGGCUCAAGAAGAAGCACAUUAAGGUCCUGGAGUGGCCUAGCCAGUCUCCAGACCUUAAUCCCAUAGAAAAUCUGUGGAGAGAGCUGAAGGUUCGAGUUGCCAAACGUCAGCCUCGAAACCUUAAUGACUUGGAGAAGAUCUGCAAAGAGGAGUGGGACAAAAUCCCUCCUGAGAUGUGUGCAAACCUGGUGGCCAACUACAAGAAACGUCUGACCUCUGUGAUUGCCAACAAGGGUUUUGCCACCAAGUACUAAGUCAUGUUUUGCAGAGGGGUCAAAUACUUAUUUCCCUCAUUAAAAUGCAAAUCAAUUUAUAACAUUUUUGACAUUUGUUUUUCUGGAUUUUUUUUGUUAUUCUGUCUCUCACUGUUCAAAUAAACCUACCAUUAAAAUUAUACACGGAUCAUGUCUUUGUCAGUGGGCAAACGUACAAAAUCAGCAGGGGAUCAAAUACUUUUUUCCCUCACUGUGUGUGUGUGUGUGUAUAUAUAUCUUAAAAGCCAUUACCACGAGCCCAUCCUCCGCAAUUAAGGUGCCACUAACCUCCUGUAGUCUACAGGAACAGAGAUCCACAGUUGUAAGAUAUUUCAUAGACUUCGUGUAUGUUGUAUUGAAGCAAAGAUCUACAGGAACAGAGAUCCACAGGUGUAAGAGAUACACAGCUUUAUAGAAUGUAGCUAGUUAUAUUAUUGUAUUAAGGCAUUCAAUUGUAUCAGUGUAUUGAUUCAGUUUUUAUCUUGUUUCAGGUGUCGACAUGGAUCGAUGGGAAAGUGUGUGCACUGCGUACCACUAGAGGUAAGUGUUCUUGCCACCUUCAUUCGUCCAACUAGUACUAUUUACUUUAAAAUUGUGGUUUACAUGUCAGGUUUACUUCUUUGCUGUAAAUUGAAUUGUUACCUCUGGCUGCCAGCCUUUUGACGAAGAGUACUUGAGCCAUCUAGACCCGCCUGUCAAGCACAUGUCAUUCCACGCCUACAUCCGUAAGCUGACAGGAGGCGCUGACAAGUGAGUGGCACCAGAUGUUCUGUAGCCUGGUCCCAGACCUGUCUGUGCUUUCUUGGUAACAUGUUUGGCAUGACCACGUCCAUAGAAGUUGGCAAGAUUGCACAAACAGAUCUGGGACCAGCCUAUGCACUCUUCAAUUCCCUAGCAGGAGAAUUGGCCACAUCCACAAGCUCUUUGUCUUUAUUUAAAACCUAUUUUCCUCUACAGAGGGAAGUUUGUGGCCCUGGAGAACAUCAGCUGUAAGAUCAAGUCAGGCUGUGAGGGCCACCCUCCCUGGCCAGAGGGGAUCUGCACCAAAUGCCAGCCCAGCGCCAUCACCCUCAACAGACAAGUACGCCCCAUAACUCUCUCCUUCUUGUUCCCAAGGGUCCAUCUCAAUGCUCCCCUUUGCUGCCAAGGGUCCAUCUCAGUAUUCUAAAGUGGCUUCCUCUCCUUGUCUCCUUUCCUUGGCUUCAUUUACAUUCACAUCAGUUCAGAUUAAAGAGAAGGAGAUGACGAGAGGAAUCCAAUUUAAACUAUUGAAAUGCGCCACGGGAGAUUUCUCAGUCACUACUCAUACCUAAUGGAGAUGGUGAUUUUUAUAACCCGCCUCAUCCCUGCUAACAGAAAUACAGGCAUAUAGACAACAUCAUGUUUGAGAACCACACCAUCGCAGACCGUUUCCUGGACUUCUGGAGGAAGACGGGCAGCCAGAGGAUGGGCUACCUGUACGGCAGGUACACCGAGCACAAAGACAUCCCUCUGGCCAUCCGAGCGGAGGUCGCUGCCAUCUACGAACCCCCGCAGGUGAGUGCUCUGCUCUCUCGGGAGUCAGUCCAGUGGCUUGUUAGUGUGAGUUGUAGAUGUAGUAAGGUUGGUUAGCCACAGGAUGGCAGUAAGUUCACGUUCAAUGGUGUGUUGGACAGUGAUAAAAUGCUGCUUUUGCAGGAGCAGUUGUCUCCAAUAGCAUAAUAAAUAAAUGGAUGUAUGCAAUGAACUGAUUAUUUAAAGAUGAACUCUCGAACUUUUGUAUAGUUUCAGCCAGUAGUUAUGAAAGUGGUGCUCACGACCCAAAACAGGUCCCUGUUUUUUGUGUUCUACAUCAUCCAAUUGUGUACUACAUUGUCCAUUUCGUGUGAUAGGUUACGAAUUUUGCAAUUUGUGUGAUCUGUUGCUAAUUAGGCAAAUUGCAAAAUUAGUCAUUAGUGGUGGUGCGUUAAGCCAAUCAGAAAUACUAUCAGAUCCCCAAAUGGGCACAUUUAUAUGCCUACAUUUGCGCGCAGGCCAGGUAGCCUAUAGGCCUACUUCUAUGAGCAACUCAACAUUGACAGGAGCGCUCCAAACAAAAGACAAUGACUAAAUUGACGAAAGGGAAUAAAAUAAACCAAAACUUGUUUCUCACAAGUGUAGCAAUUUGUGCAAUAUGCUAUGAAUUUGUUGUGCUUAAGAUCCCAGAGUUCAUCUUUAAGUCUGUGAUAGAAUUACUGUAAGAUUGUGUACUUUUUCUGAAAUAAUGUUAAUCCUAGAUGUGUUAUAUUUAAUGGUUUGUUUAGUUUUAACUGUUGUGAAUUCCUCUGUCCAUUAGAUUGCCACCCAGAACAGUCUGGAGCUGGUGGAGGACCCUAAAGCUGCAGCCGUAGAGGAGAUCGCAGCUAAGCUGGGCCUGCGUAAGGUUAGACGAAACCACUAAUUUAUACUAUUGACUUUAUUUGAGCUAUUCUAGAUUCGGUUGUCAACCUCCCUUCACUCCAUAUCACUAUGAAUUCAGUUAAAUUGACUGAAUUGGAAUAGAAUUGACCCCAACCCUGGUCAAGACACUAAGAUUGUGCUCUGUAAUAUACAUCCACCCUGGUUUAUAUGGUGUAACUUUAGACUUAGACGUCGCGUUAAUGCAGAAUUCUGCAUUUUUCACAAAGGAAUAAAAAGAUACAACGCAUAAUGCACUUCUCCACUCGGAUGAGAGUUCAGACAGCACACUGAUGUGUAGCUACUUUUCUCCAGUACUUUUCUCAGUGUAGCCAACUUUUCUCAGGUAAAAUUCAAGGGUAACUUCAAGCAAAACAUUUGGAAAUGUAGCUGGCUACAUUCUUUCUAUCAUAAACAUUAGAAAUAUGAUGGGCAGAGCCUCCCGAGUGGCGCAGCGGUCUAAGGCACUGCAUCGCAGUGCUUGAGGCGUCUCACAACCGUGAUCGGGAGUCCCAUAGGGCGGCACACAAUUGGCCCAGCGUCGUCCGUGUUAGAGGAGGGUUUGGCCGGGGGGGCUUUACUUGGCUCAUCGCGCUCUAGCGACUACUUGUGGCGGCCCGGGCGCCUGCAGGCUGACUUUGGUCGUCAGUUGAACAGUGUUUCCUCCGACACAUUGGUGCAGCUGGCUUCCGGGUUAAGCGGGCGGGUGUUAAGAAGCGCGGUUUGGCGGGUCAUGUUUCGGAGGACACAUGACUCGACCUUCGCCUCCCGAGCCCAUUGGGAGGUUGCAGCGAUGAGACUAGAUCGAAGUUGGGGAGAAAAACGGGGUUAAAAAAUUAUAUAAUGGCCGUGCAUCGUGUUUGCCAAAAAAUACAUUUCUUUUUCAUUGUAAGCUCAUUUACUUGUGUGGCUGCUAGCCAAAUAGUGUUGCACUUCAAUUGUCAUCUGAUGAAAAGGAAGCUAUUUUCUGCCGAAUGUGUUGCACUGAUGUAUUUUCUGUGAAGAAAAACUAUAGUUUCACUCUAUUGAAGCAAAAAAACACUGUUGAUUUUCAAUAUAAAACACAGGUAAAAUGGUUUAAAAUGCAGAUUUCUGAACUCUAACGCAACCCCUGGACGUCACAACUAAACUAAACAGUCUAUCCUUCCCCACCUCCACCACCUAACUCCUUCCUGUCAGGAUAGAGGUAAAGAGGAACAUCUGGGUUCAAGCAGUAAACUCAGGAGGCUACAGACAGGAUAGCCUGCGCCUGUCUAGUCUGACUGGCCAGUACAGCCCAACCCAACCCACUGGCCAGAGACAUCGAUGGGUGGAGGGUCUCUGUCUGCAUCCCUAAUGGCACCUUAUUCCCUAUAAAGUCUGCACUGCUUUUGACUAUUUGGGAUGCAGCUUCUUUCUCUCAGGCCAUGAUGCUCUAAUCAAUUCUCAGGAUUCCUUAGUCUUCACAGGAUGAUGGCUUAAACAGCUUCCAUAUGUGUAAUGUGUAGAGCUUACACAACCAGCAUGGGUUCUCUGGUUUUUGACUCAACCGGGGUAGGGACAAUGGUGGAGGACAAACUGUUUGCCAAAUGUAUUUUCCAAAAUGGUAUAUGUGAGUCAAGCACUACACCUUAUUCAAAAGAUUAGCCAGCUGGCUCUAUGGCUGGUUCUGGAGCUGGAUUUGUCAUAAGCAAACUUCCCCGCAGAUGGAAACCACUGGCCUAUCUUUGACGCCACUAUCUAUUAUUAACUCCAAUGUUUUGGCAUCUUCCAUAAAUCACGCCAGCGAAUCCGCCACAGAAAUAGUCAGAAUGAAUAGGAUGAAGCUCUGGUAAUAUGGAUAACUAUUGAAAGAUGGAUGAUGUGUUUUUCUACAGCCUACCUACCAAAGGUGCAACAGGUAGGCUGCUGGCAGGCUGAUGAUGCACGCCACAGAUGACGUCCAGUGCCUUCAGAAAGUAUUCAUACCCCUUGACUUAUUCCGCAUUUUGUUCUUACAGCCUGAAUUCAAAAUAAAAAAGUCACCCAUCUAUCUACACAACAAUUUAUUGAAAAUGAAAUACAGAAAUAUCUCAUUUACAUAAGUAUUCACACCCCUGAGUCAAUACUUUGUAGAAGCACUUUUUGCAGCGAUUAGAUCUUUGAGUUUUCUUUGGUAUGUCUGUAUCAGCUGUGCACAUCUGGAUUUGGGGAUUUUCUUCCUUGCUGAUUUCCUCAAGCUCUGAUAAGUUAGUUGGGGAGCGGCGGCAAACAGCAACCUUCAACUCUUUCCACAGAUUUUCAAUGGGAUUCGAGUCUGGGCUUUGGCUGGGCCACUCAAGGACUUUCACAUUCUUGUUCUGAAGCCAUUCCAGCAUUGCUUUGGUUGUGUGCUUUUGGGGUUAUUGUCCUGUUGGAAUGUAAAUCUUCGCCCCCAGUCUGUCGUUUGCACUGAAGCAGGUUCUCAAUAAGGGUCAAGGAUUUGCCUGUGUUUAGCUCCAUUCAUUGUUCCCUUUAUCCUGACCAGUCUCCUAGUCCCUGCCGCUGAAAAGCAUCCCCAAUGCAUUAUGCUGCCACCGCCAUGCUUCACGGUAGGGAUGGUGUGACGGGUUUUCUCCAGACAUAGUGCUUUGCAUUCAGGCCAAAGAGUUACAAUUUUGUCACAUCAGACCUCGUAAUCUUAUGUCUUUUGUCUUUCACAUGCCUUUUUGCAAACUCCAGGCGUGCUGUCAUGUGCCUUCCACUCUCCCAUAAAGCCCGAAUUGGUGAAGUGCUGUAGAGACUGUUGUCCUUCUGGAAGGUUCUCCCAUCUCAGCCAAGGAACUCUGUAGUUUUGUCAGUGUUCAUUGGAUUCUUGGUCACCUCCCGCCCAGUUGCUCAGUUUGGUCGGACUGCCAGCUCUAGGCAGAGUGGGUAGUUCCAUAUUCUUUCAAUUUCCCGAAGAUGGAGACCACUGUGCUCUUGGCAACUUUAAACACUCCAGAAAUUGUUUUAUACACUUUCCCAGAUAUGUCUCAUCACAAUUAUAUGUUGGAAAUCUACAGACAUUUCCUUGGACUUCGUGGUAUAGUUUCUGCUCUGACAUGCACCAUCAACUGUGGGACCUCAUAUAGACAGGUGUUUCUUUCUAAAUAAUAUAAUGUCCAAACAAUUUAAUUGGCCACAGGUGGACUCCAAUCAAGUUGUUGUGACAUCUCAAGGAUGAUCAAAGGAAAUGUGGUGCACCGGAGCUCAAUUUGGAGUGUCAUAGCAAAGGGGUGUUAAUACUUAUGUAAAUGAGAUUUCUGUAUUUCAUUUUCAUAACAUUUCAAAAAAUAUUUUGACUUUGUCAUGAUGGGGUAUUGUGUGUAGAUGGGUGAGGGGGGAAAAAUAACAAUUUAAUCCAUUUUGAAUUCAGGCUGUAACAAGUUCCUUGAAUUUUCUUUCGCUGUUGCCUUUUAAUUAUCUGGAUAGACACUUGUGGUCUAGCUAACGUUACACCAAUCAAAGCAGUGGAGCGUGUAGUGAAGCAAAACUUUAGUGGUCAAAACCAUACAUCUUGGGGCGACGGGGUGCGGGUUUGCAAAAUGCUAUCAUAUCACACAAUUAUACCAUUUAUGAAAUGGUCAGAUAUACACUGAGUGCACAAAACAUUAGGAACACCUACCCCUUCCAUGAGACUGACCAGGUGAAUUCAGGUGAAAGCUAUGAUCCCAUAUUGAUGUCAUCUGUUAAAUUUACUUCAAUCAGUGUAGAUGAAGGGGGGAGACAGGAUAAAGAAGGAUUUUUAAGCCUUGAGACCAUUGAGACAUGUAUUGUGUAUGUGUGCCUUUCAGAGGGUAAGAACUGCAAUGCUGCUGGGUUUUUCACACUCAACAGUUUUCCCCUUGUGUAUCAAGAAUGGUCCACCACCCAAAGGACAUCCAGCCAACUUGACUCAACCGUGGGAAGCAUUGGAGUCAACAUGUUCAACAGGGAUGCUGGACCACUUUCCAUGCCCCAACGAAUUGAGGCUGUUCUAAAUAAAUAAUAAUAAUAAUACAAUAAUAUGCCAUUUAGCAGACGCUUUUAUCCAAAGCGACUUACAGUCGUGCGUGCAUACAUUUUUGUGUAUGGGUGGUCCCGGGGAUCGAACCCACUACCUUGGCGUUAAAAGCACCGUGCUCUACCAGCUGAGCUACAGAGGACCACUGUUCUGAGGGCAAAAGGGGGUGCAACUCAAUAUUAGGACGAUGUUCCUAAUGUUUUGUACACUGAGUGUAUUGACAUAUUUUUUAAAUACAGACUAGCUAAAAAACAAGUGAAAAUUGACUAAUUAUCCAAUUAAGUUUGCACCACCACAUUUUAAUUUGCUCCAUGGCUCAGGUGGCCAAGUGGACACAAGGCUGUUUGGCUCAUCUUUCUGAUUUAAUAAACAAUGCCAUGCUGGUUGGUGGUAACAUUCAAAUAAAACACAGCCCUCAAACUGGCUUAAAGAAUUUGUAUGUCAUAUCAAAGAAAAUAAACCGCAUUCACACGGAUUUGGACGAUGUGGGUGGUUCGGAUUUGUCAAUUCAAGGCCAAAUAUAUCAUACUUUGACUAAAACGUUGACUUAUUGACUUAAAUCGUUGUGCAACAUCAUGGGUAAGCUCUAGCCAUCGUCUUUCAGUUCAAAAAAGUGGAUUUCCACCUCAAUUUCAUUCAGGAUCAAACUCUAGACUACUGAUUUGGCUACAUUGUUUGAUGUAAUUUUAAGGAAAUUGCAGUUACAUAUGAAAACAAAAAAAAAAGGUAAAUGCUCCAACUUCCUGACGGAGUCAGUGACCCCCUCCGGACCUCACCCCUACCCAACCUUAGGUCUACAUCAGCACCACCUUCUCAGAAAAUUCUAGGGAGAGCCCUGACUGUACAUUCAAAGUUAUUUAUAGUUAGCUACUGAAGAGAAUCCAAUUACCAAGUACCCAAAACAGUCUUUUGCCUACCAUUUCUACUGAGGCAGUCUUCUGCCAACAUUAUUAGGGGUGGAAAAGGGUGCAUUUGCCUAUGAUCUGAGCAGUGUGGGUGUUGCGCGCGCCGCCGUGGGGUCCGAGGCUGGGAGUGCCGCCGCCGCACUAAAUUGGUACUCAUAAAGAUUAUUCAAGUUUGACUGUCUUCCUGUGUUGUCUGUGCUGUAGGUGGGGUGGAUAUUCACUGACCUGCUCUCUGAGGACACCAGGAUAGGAACAGUUAAAUACACCAGGAACAAGGUGAGAGAACACAUCCCUACCCUGCCCGGACAAGCACUUUAACCUGUAAACCAGAAUAGCCAAAAACCAGGGAAUAGCCUAACACCUUGUGACUGUUUCUAAAGCAUUAGUUUUGUGAACGAAUACAGACUUCUCUAGGUGGACAAAGCUGAAAUAUCUCGGACUUCUUUAUUUCUUUGAUCAUUUAAAAUGUUUUAUCUUGUCUGUGUAGGACUCGUACUUCCUGAGUGCAGAGGAGUGCAUCACGGCUGGACACUUCCAGAACCAACAGUCUAAUCCCUGCAGACUCUCACCCGACGGACACUUCGGGUCCAAGUUUAUCACUGUGGUGGCCACAGGUACACAGGCUAUCUAUGGCUCACUUCUACAACAGAAUACUACCACACCAAAAGCAUGUGUAGAUGUGCCCGAGUUGCUUCUGACUUUAGGGCGGCAGGUAGCCUAGCGGUUAGAUCGUUGGGCCAGUGACCGAAAGGUUGCUGGUUUGAAUACCUGAGCUGGCAAGAUGAAAAAUCUGUCGAUGUGCCCUUGGGCAAGCCACUUAACCCUAAUUUGCUCUAUGGCUGACCCUGUAAAACAACACAUUUUCAAUAAAACAUUAUUUGUUUUUAUAUACAGUAUAUUACAGUGCAUUCGGAAAGUAUUCUUUUUCCACAUUUUGUUACAUUUACAGCCUUAUUCUAAAAUUGAUUAAAUAAAAAAUGUUCUCAUCAAUCCACACACAAUACCCCAUAAUGACAAAGCGAAAAACGGUUUUUUGAGAUUUUAGCAAAUAAAAAAUAAAAAACCUUAUUUACAUAAGUACUCAGACCCGUUGCUAUGAGACUCGAAAUUGAGUUCAGGUGCAUCCUGUUUCCAUUGAACAUCCUUUAUGUUUCUACAACUUGGAGUCCACCUGUGGUAAAUUCAAUUGAUUGGACAUGAUUUGGAAUGGCACACACCUGUCUAUAUAAAGGUCCCACAGUUGACAGUGCAUGGCAGAGCAAAAACCAAGCCAUGAGGUCGAGGGAAUUGUCCGUAGAGCUCCGAGACAGGAUUGUGUCGAGGCACAUAUCUGGGGAAGGGUACCAAAAAAAAUUCUGCAGCAUUGAAGGUCCACAAGAACACAGUGGCCUCCAUCAUUCUUAAAUGGAAGAAGUUUGGAACCACCAAGACUCUUCCUAGAGCUGGCUGCCUGGCCAAACUGAGCAAUCGGGGGAGAAGGGCCUUGGUCAGGGAGGUGGCCAAGAACCCGAUGGUCACUCUGACAGAGCUCCAGAGUUCCUCUGUGGAGAUGGGAGAACCUUCCAGAAGGACAACCAUCUCUGCAGCUCUCCACCAAUCAGGCCUUUAUGGUAGAGUUGCCAGAUGGAACCCACUCCUCAGUUAAAGGCACAUGACAGCCCGCUUGGAGUUUGCCAAAAGGCACCUUAAGGACUCUCAGACAAUGAGAAACAAGAUUCUCUGGUCUGAUGAAACCAAGAAUGAACUCUUUGGCCUGAAUGCCAACCGUCACGUCUGGAGGAAACCUGGCACCAUCCCUACGGUGAAGCAUGGUGGUGGUAGCCUCAUGCUGUGGGGAUGUUUUUCAGUGUCAAGGACUGGGAGACUAGUCAGGAUCGAGGGAAAGAUGAACAGAGCAUAGUCCAGAGAGAUCCUUGAUGAAAACCUGCUCCAGAGCGCUCAGGACCUCAGACUGGAGUGAAGGUUCACCUUCCAACAGGACAACGACCCUAAGCACACAGCCAAGACAACGCAGGAGUGGCUUCGGGACAAGUCUCUGAAUGUCCUUGAGUGGCCCAGCCAGAGCCCGGACUUGAACCUGACCGAACAACUCUGGAGAGACCUGAAAAUAGCUAUGCAGCGACGCUCCCCAUCCAACCUGACAGAGCUUGAGAGGAUCUGCAGAGAACAAUGGGAGAAACUCCCCAAAUACAGGUGUGCCAAGCUUGUAGCAUCAUACCCAAGAAGAUUAGAGACUGUAAUCGCUGCCAAAGGUGCUUCAACAAAGUACUGAGUAAAGGGUCUAAAUACUUAUGUAAAUGUGAUCUUUCCAGGUGUUUUUUUUUUUUAUAUAAAUUUGAAAAAAUGUCUAAACCUGUUUUUUUUGCUUUGUCAUUAUGGGGUAUUGUGUGUAGAUUGAUGAAGGAAAAAAACAAUUUAAUCAGUUUUAGAAUUAGGCUGAAACGUAACAAAAUGUGGAAAAAGUGAAGGGGUCUGAAUACUUUCCGAAUGCACUGUGUGUGUAUACAUAGCUAGCCUUGGCUUGCACUACUUUCUAAAAGAGCAAUCUGUUUACAUAACAUUGAGUGAUGAUUGGCAUUACCUGAUCUUGUGAUAAUCGUCUUGCCACUCGUAUUUAAUCAUUUAUUUGUGUCCAUUUCGAGAAAUUCGUCUUGCAUCUUCUCUCAAACUCAACAGUACAGCAUCAUCACAUAUAGGUUAUAAAUUACAGAAAUAUAGGAAGCAAAUCCUAUGGUCGUUGACCAACGGUGGUAUCAACCCCCAGUCGGACUCUGUGUGUUACCCGCCAGGUGGUCCUGAUAACCAGGUGCACUUUGAGGGUUACCAGGUGUCUAACCAGUGCAUGGCCCUGGUGAGAGACGAGUGCCUACUGCCCUGCCGAGACGCCCCCGAGCUGGGCUACGCUAAAGAGUCCAGCACGGAGCAGUACGUACCGGACGUCUUCUACAAGGUACAGGAACACACACACGUUCUUAGACUGUCUGAACUUCUCAAAACUCAAUCAACUCUGAAACACACUGCACUCAAAGGAAGUACCUUUCUCACCACUAACAGACCAUUUGUUAUUUUAGAGCACCAAACAUUUCAUUUUUGCUAAAAACUAAAGGAGCAACUGUUGACAUGCUUGAUUGAUGACAUGUAUUAUGCUUCAAUUAAGAGAAAGUUAAAUGAUUCAGUAGAUCAGUUAAAUGGAUGUGGCUAGAGUAUGAAUAAAUGGAGCUUGCCAAUAGUGUUGGGGGAAAAAUCGAUAUGCCGUUACAUUGCGAUUAUUAUUUUGGAGUAUUGAUUGUUUAUUUUUGCUAGGUAGCGUUAGCUAGCGCUAGUCGGCUGUACCUGUGCAAUAACUCCAGUAUUUUUCAUCCUAUAGCUUGUUCUCAUCUUAAUUUUAAAUAGUGAGCCAACAUGUUUUCUGCACUUUUAUUUCUAUUACUAACCAUGUUUUCAUCUACAGUUUUUAUGCAAUGAAAGUCCUACCGUAUAAAAAAUGAACCACGACAUCUGUGAUGGAAACAGGACGUUUCAGGACAAAUGUAUAAAUGCCGACAGAUAAUGUUUGUUCGACAUGAUGGGAUCUUUUUGUGGGUAAAAUGUAUUAUGCGCAAAUUGGCUGUGGAAACGCCUUAAUGCGCAAAUAUUGAUAUAAUAACCAUCAUAUCGAAGUAAACUUGGAGUCACACGAUGAUAUGGUGUGUGAUCCUCCCAUUACGAAAGCAUGCAGUUUAUUAGGCUACAGAUGAAAUAAGUUAUGAUGAACUUCACAGGGUGGUGAAAGUGCAGGGUGUUGAGCAUGAUGUUCCUUUCCAGUAAAUAUCGAGGGUCUUAUUCUGGUGACAUGAUGAUCGAUGCUUGGCUGCCUUUUGACGAAUGUAAAAUAAUCUCGCUUGUUUGUCCAUAAUAAUCUCAUCAUGUAGGCUAUACCUGCACUGUAUCUGCGGGCUGUUGGCUAGAGCGGAGUGGGCACAUUCGCUAUAUAGCGCAACAUGUUUAGUGAUAAAACCAUCAGUAGAGUUGAAAAAACAUAGGAAACCCAUUUAAAUUGUAUUUUUUAUUCAGUACAUGGGAAUUUCACCACAAAAGUUAUUUUAUGUUCACUACAUCAUACACACAGACUUUUGUCCCCAACAAUUACAUUUGAUGGAAAUACGUCUCUGGUGGGAAAAUUAGCCUAUUUUAGAACAUUCACUUGAAAAUCCGUCGGCAAUUGGAAGGAGACCUAGCUACUGAUCAGAAUGAAUUUUCUCAUGUUCUGUCUCUCUGCAGCAGACAUAUAGGGCAUAGACAUCCUUCAUGUUGACAUGACCCUUGCUUGUCCCGUAUCACAGCACUGCAGAGAAAGAAAGGGAGAGAGAUGGAGUGUCACAGUUUUUUGCUACAGUAUUACUAUUUCUCUCUCCAUUGAUUGUUGUUCUUCCCCUCAACAGGACAAAGAUAAAUUUGGCAACGACAUCACAUAUCUAGCCCGGCCUCUUCCCGUGGAGUACCUUAUCAUAGACGUGAGUAUGAUUGAACAUUACCUUUUCAUAUAGGAAAACAUCCAGAGUAUGUUUGAACUAGGGAUGUGACAAAUGGGAAAGCAAGUCUUAAAGUUUAAACAGCCAUUUAUUUUAACUAGUUUUCUGUUAAAAUGAUAAAAAUUCAUAAUUCCAUGUGAAUUCACAAUGCUGCUGCCAGCAAUGGUUUGGGUCUCAUGUUACGUCCCUUUCACAUGGUUAACUAUUGCACCUGUACUACUUUACUUCAAUUUCCUUCUCAUUUAACUUCUCAAAGUAUUACAGGACUUCAUUGCUGUCGCUUGCCUUUCUCUUCUCUAUUUUUCAAACUGUUAACGACGAUGACGUAGUGGUGGAGAGUCGACUCCAAAAUAAUUGAUUCCUCGACUUCUUGCACGUCGACUACCAUUUCUGAGUGUCAAGAUUCUACUCCUAAGAUUCAGUAUUUUUGGAACGGCGGAGACUGAUUAGUUGCCGUACUUUCGAGAACGCUCGCAUCUUUCAUAGCAAGCUAGCGAGGGACGGAGAGUGCGUGGACGGCCACCAGUCAGAACCAUGCUGUAUCUCUCAAUGGAAGGCUGUAUGUCACAAUAUUCUUGGCUUGCAAUGUCUCGCAACUUCAGUAGAGCAUGGCCUAUCAUCAAUGAAUAGGCUAGGAUAUUGAGAUGAGCGAGAUGCAAGACUUCGCUCUCACACAGUCAAAUCAAAUCAAAUCAAAUUUUAUUGGUCACAUGCGCCGAAUACAACAGGUGCAGACAUUACAGUGAAAUGCUUACUUACAGCCCUUAACCAACAGUGCAUUUAUUUUAAACAAAAAAAGUAAGAAUAAAACAACAACAAAAAAAGUGUUGAGAAAAAAAGAGCAGAAGUAAAAUAAAGUGACAGUAGGGAGGCUAUAUAUACAGUAAAAUAAAGUGACAGUAGGGAGGCUAUAUAUACAGGGGGGUACCGUUGCAGAGUCAAUGUGCGGGGGCACCGGCUAGUUGAGGUAGUUGAGGUAAUAUGUACAUGUGGGUAGAGUUAAAGUGACUAUGCAUAAAUACUUAACAGAGUAGCAGCAGCGUAAAAAGGAUGGGGUGGGGGGGCAGUGCAAAUAGUCCGGGUAGCCAUGAUUAGCUGUUCAGGAGUCUUAUGGCUUGGGGGUAGAAGCUGUUGAGAAGUCUUUUGGACCUAGACUUGGCACUCCGGUACCGCUUGCCGUGCGGUAGCAGAGAGAACAGUCUAUGACUAGGGUGGCUGGAGUCUUUGACAAUUUUGAGGGCCUUCCUCUGACACCGCCUGGUAUAGAGGUCCUGAAUGGCAGGGAGCUUUGCCCCAGUGAUGUACUGGGCCGUACGUACUACCCUCUGUAGUGCCUUGCGGUCAGAGGCCAAGCAGUUGCCACACCAGGCGGUGAUGCAACCAGUCAGGAUGCUCUCGAUGGUGCAGCUGUAGAAUUUUUUGAGGAUCUGAGGACCCAUGCCAAAUCUUUUUAGUCUCCUGAGGGGGAAUAGGCUUUGUCGUGCCCUCUUCACGACUGUCUUGGUGUGUUUGGACCAUGAUAGUUCGUUGGUGAUGUGGACACCAAGGAACUUGAAGCUCUCAACCUGUUCCACUACAGCCCCGUCGAUGAGAAUGGGGGCGUGCUCAGUCCUCUUUUUUUUCCUGUAGUCCACAAUCAUCUCCUUUGUCUUGGUCACGUUGAGGGAGAGGUUGUUGUCCUGGCACCACACGGCCAGAUCUCUGACCUCCUCCCUAUAGGCUGUCUCAUCGUUGUCGGUGAUCAGGCCUACCACUGUUGUGUCGUCGGCAAACUUAAUGAUGGUGUUGGAGUCGUGCCUGGCCAUGCAGUCAUGGGUGAACAGAGAGUACAGGAGGGGACUGAGCACGCACCCCUGAGGGGCCCCCGUGUUGAGGAUCAGUGUGGCAGAUGUGUUGUUACCUACCCUUACCACCUGGGGGCGGCCCGUCAGGAAGUCCAGGAUCCAGUUGCAGAGGGAGGUGUUUAGUCCCAGGAUCCUUAGCUUAGUGAUGAGCUUAGAGGGCACUAUGGUGUUGAAUGCUGAGCUGUAGUCAAUGAAUAGCAUUCUCACGUAGGUGUUCCUCUUGUCCAGGUGGGAAAGGGCAGUGUGGAGUGCGAUAGAGAUUGCAUCAUCUGUGGAUCUGUUGGGGCGGUAUGCAAAUUGGAGUGGGUCUAGGGUUUCUGGGAUUAUGCUGUUGAUGUGAGCCAUGACCAGUCUUUCAAAGCACUUCAUGGCUACAGACGUCAGUGCUACGGGUCGGUAGUCAUUUAGGCAGGUUAUCUUAGAGUUCUUGGGCACGGGGACUAUGGUGGUCUGCUUGAAACAUGUUGGUAUUACAGACUCAGUCAGGGACAUGUUGAAAAUGUCAGUGAAGACACUUGCCAGUUGGUCAGCACAUGCUCGGAGUACACGUCCUGGUAAUCCGUCUGGCCCUGCGGCCUUGUGAAUGUUGACCUGCUUAAAAGUCUUACUCACAUCGGCUACGGAGAGCGUGAUCACAUAGUCGUCCGGAACAGCUGGUGCUCUCAUGCAUGCUUCAGUGUUGCUUGCCUCGAAGCGAGCAUAGAAGUGGUUUAGCUCGUCUGGUAGGCUUGUGUCACUGGGCAGCUCGCGGCUGUGCUUCCCUUUGUAGUCUGUAAUAGUUUUCAAGCCCUGCCACAUCCGACGAGCGUCAGAGCCAGUGUAGUAUGAUUCAAUCUUAGACCUGUAUUGACUCUUUGCCUGUUUGAUGGUUCGUCGGAGGUCAUAGCGGGAUUUCUUAUAAGCGUCCGGGUUAGAGUCCCGUUCCUUGAAAGCGGCAGCUCUACCCUUUAGCUCAGUGCGGAUGUUUCCUGUAAUCCAUGGCUUCUGGUUGGGGUAUGUACGUACGGUCACUGUGGGGACGACAUCAUCGAUGCACUUAUUGAUGAAGCCAGUGACUGAUGUGGUGUACUCCUCAAUGCUGUCUGAAGAAUCCCGGAACAUGUUCCAGUCUGUGCUAGCAAAACAGUCCUGUAGCUUAGCAUCUGCAUCAUCUGACCACUUUUUUAUUAACCGAAUCACUGGUGCUUCCUGCUUCAGUUUUUGCUUAUAAGCAGGAAUCAGGAGGAUAGAGUUAUGGUCAGAUUUGCCAAAUGGAGGGCGAGGGAGAGCUUUGUAUGCGUCUCUGUGUGUGGAGUAAAGGUGGUCUAGAGUUUUUUUUCCCCUCUGGUUGCACAUUUAACAUGCUGGUAGAAAUUAGGUAGAACGGAUUUAAGUUUCCCUGCAUUAAAGUCCCCGGCUACUAGGAGCGCUGCAUCUGGAUGAGCGUUUUCCUGUUGAUUAAUGGCCUUGUACAACUCAUUCAGUGCAAUCUUAAUGCCAGCAUUGGUUUGUGGUGGUAAAUAGACAGCUAUGAAAAAUAUAGAUGAAAACUCUCUUGGUAAAUAGUGUGGUCUACAGCUUAUCAUAACAUACUCUACCUCAGGCGAGCAAAACCUCGAGACUUCCUUAGUAUUUGAUUUUGUGCACCAGCUGUUGUUUACAAAUAUACACAGACCGCCUCCCCUUGUCUUACCAGAGUCAGACGUUCUGUCCUGCCGAUGUAGCGUAUAGCCUGCUAGCUGAAUGUUAUCAUUGUUGUCGUUCAGCCACGACUCCGUGAAACAUAAGAUAUUACAGUUUUUAAUGUCCCGUUGGUAGGAUAACCGUAAUCUUAAAUCGUCAAUUUUAUUCUCAAAAGAUUGAACGUUGGCUAAUAGGAUUGAUGGGAGAGGCAGUUUACUCGCUCGCCGUCGGAUCCUUACAAGGCACCCGGAUCUGCGUCCGCGAUAUCUCCGUCUCUUCCUCACGCGAAUGACGGGGAUCUGGGCCUUGUCGGGUGUCUGAAGGAGCUUCAAGCUGUUCACAGCGUGGUAGCCAGGGCACCAAAGCAGCAGGGAAGUUGAGACUUGCGCUUCAACGCUCUUAGUCGUUGCUAGAAAAUGACCCACUGUUUACUUUCUGCGUGUACAUUCUUCUUAAUGUUAAGGAUCCCAAUUUCGUUUAAACGUCCACACCCCUAGAUUGAACAUAGUAUUUGCCUUCAGAAAGUAUUCACACCUUCACUUCUUCCACAUUUUGUUGUUACAGCCUGAAUUAAAAAUUGAGAUUUAGUCACUGGCCUACACACAAUACCCCAUAAUGUCAAAGUGGAAUUAUGUUUUUAGAAAUCUUUACAAAUUAAUAAAAAAUGAAAAGCUGAAAUGUCUUCAUUCAAUAAGUAUUCAACCCCUUUGUUAUGGCGAGCCUGAAUAAGUUCAGGAGUACAAAUUUGCCUAACAAGUCACAUAAGUUGCAUGGACUUACUCUGUUUGCAAUAAAAGGGUUUAACAUGAUUUUUGAAUGAUUACCUCAUCUCUGUACCCCACACAAUUAUCUGUAAGGUCCCUCAGACAAGCAGUGAAUUUCAAACACAGAUUAAACCACAAAUCAAAUUGAUUUAUAAAGCCCUUUUUACAUCAGCAGAUGUCACAAAGUGCUUAUACAGAAACCUAGUCUGAAACCCCAAACCGCAAGCAAUGCAGAUGUAGAAGCACGGUGGCUAGAAAAAACUCCUUAUAAAGGCAGGAACCUAGGAAGAAACCUAGAGAGGAACCAGGCUCUGAGGGGUGGCCAGUCCUCUUCUGGCUGUGCCGGGUGGAGAUUGAGUACAGUGGGGAAAAAAAGUAUUUAGUCAGCCACCAAUUGUGCAAGUUCUCCCACUUAAAAAGAUGAGAGAGGCCUGUAAUUUUCAUCAUAUGUACACGUCAACUAUGACAGACAAAAUGAGAAAAAAAAUCCAGAAAAUCACACUGUAGGAUUUUUAAUGAAUUUAUUUCCAAAUUAUGGUGGAAAAUAAGUAUUUGGUCAAUAACAAAAGUUUCUCAAUACUUUGUUAUAUACCCUUUGUUGGCAAUGACACAGGUCAAACGUUUUCUGUAAGUCUUUACAAGGUUUUCACACACUGUUGCUGGUAUUUUGGCCCAUUCCUCCAUGGAGAUCUACUCUAGAGCAGUGAUGUUUUGGGGCUGUCGCUGGGCAACACGGACUUUCAACUCCCUCCAAAGAUUUUCUAUGGGGUUGAGAUCUGGAGACUGGCUAGGCCACUCCAGGACCUUGAAAUGCUUCUUACGAAGCCACUCCUUCGUUGCCCGGGCGGUGUGUUUGGGAUCAUUGUCAUGCUGAAACACCCAGCCACGUUUCAUCUUCAAUGCCCUUGCUGAUGGAAGGAGGUUUUCACUCAAAAUCUCACGAUACAUGGCCCCAUUCAUUCUUUCCUUUACACGGAUCAGUCGUCCUGGUCCCUUUGCAGAAAAACAGCCCCAAAGCAUGAUAUUUCCACCCCCAUGCUUCACAGUAGGUAUGGUGUUCUUUGGAUGCAACUCAGCAUUCUUUGUCCUCCAAACACGACGAGUUGAGUUUUACCAAAAAGUUAUAUUUUGGUUUCAUCUGACCAUAUGACAUUCUCCCAAUCCUCUUCUGGAUCAUCCAAAUGCACUCUAGCAAACUUCAGACGGGCCUGGACAUGUACUGGCUUAAGCAGGGGGACAUGUCUGGCACUGCAGGAUUUGAGUCCCUGGCGGCGUAGUGUGUUACUGAUGGUAGGCUUUGUUACUUUGGUCCCAGCUCUCUGCAGGUCAUUCACUAGGUCCCCCCGUGUGAUUCUGGGAUUUUUGUUCACCGUUCUUGUGAUCAUUUUGACCCCACGGGGUGAGAUCUUGCGUAGAGCCCCAUAUCGAGGGAGAUUAUCAGUGGUCUUAUAUGUCUUCCAUUUCCUAAUAAUUGCUCCCACAGUUGAUUUCUUCCAACCAAGCUGCUUACCUAUUGCAGAUUCAGUCUUCCCAGCCUGGUGCAGGUCUACAAUUUUGUUUCUGGUGUCCUUUGACAGCUCUUUGGUCUUGGCCAUAGUGGAGUUUGGAGUGUGACUGUUUGAGGUUGUGGACAGGUGUCUUUUAUACUGAUAACAAGUUCAAACAGGUGCCAUUAAUACAGGUAACGAGUGGAGGACAGAGGAGCCUCUUAAAGAAGAAGUUACAGGUCUGUGAGAGCCAAAAAUCUUGCUUGUUUGUAGGUGACCAAAUACCUAUUUUCCACCAUAAUUUGCAAAUAAAUUCAUUAAAAAUCCUACAAUGUGAUUUUCUGGAUUUGUUUUCUCUCAAUUUGUCUGUCAUAGUUGACGUGUACCUAUGAUGAAAAUUACAGGCCUCUCUCAUCUUUUUAAGUCGGAGAACUUGCACAAUUGGUGGCUGACUAAAUACUUUUUUUCCCCACUGUACAUGGCCGUUAAGGCCAGAUCGUUCUUCAAGAUGUUCAAACGUUCAUAAAUGACCUGCAGGGUCAAAUAAUAAUCACAGUGGUUGUAGAGGGUGCAACAGGUCAGCGCCUCAGGAGUUGUCAGUUGGCUUUUCAUAACCGACCAUUCAGAGGUCGAGACAGCAGGUGCUGGAGGCUGAGACGGGGGGUCGGGGGACCCUGUGGCCAUGUCCGACGAUACCCCCGGACAGGGCCAACCAGACAGGAUAUAACCCCACCCACUUUACCAAAGCACAGCCCCAACACCACUAGAGGGAUAUCAACAGACCAUCAACUUACUACCCUGAGCUAAGGCUAGCCCACGAAGAUCUCCUCCACCGCACAAGCCCGAGCAAAACCGGACAGGAAGAUCACGUCAGUGACUCAACCCACUCAAGUAGAGUAUAGCAAAGAAAGCCUGGCACGACUUGAAGCAUCCCUUAUAGGGACGGCAUGGAUGAGCACUAGGAAACCAGUGACUCAGCCCUCGUAAUAGGGUCAGAGGCAGAGAAUCCCAGUGGAGAGAUGGGAGCCGGCCAGGCAGAGACAGCAAGGGCAGUUCGUCACUCCAGUGACUUGCCGUUCACCUUCGCACCCCUGGGCCAAACUACACUCAAUCAUAGGACUACUGAAGAGAUUAGUCUUCAGUAAUGACUUAAAGGUCAAGACCAAGUCUGCAUCUCUCACAUGGAUAGGCAGACCAUUCUAUAAAAAUGCAGCUCUAUAAGAGAACGCACUGCCUCCAGCUGUUUGCUUUGGAAUUGUAGGGACAAUAAGGAGGCCUGCGUCUUGUGACCGUAGCGUACGUGUAGGUAUGUACUGCAGGACCAAAUCAGAGAGAUAGGUAGGAACAAGUCCAUGUAAUGCUUUGUAGGUUAGCAGUAAAACCUUGAAAUCAGCCCUAGCCUUAACAGGAAGCCAGUGGAGUAAUAUGAUAAUUUUUUGGGAUCUAGUCAAGAUUCUAGCAGACGUAUUUAGCUCUAACUUAAGUUUAUUUAGUGCUUUAUCCGGGUAGCCGGAGAGUAGAUCAUUGCAGUAGUCUAAUCUAGAAUUGACAAAAGCAUGGAUUAGCUUUUCUGCAUCAUUUUUGGACAAAACGUGUGUUACAUAGAUGGAAAAAAGCUGCCCUUUAAAUAUUAUUGAUAGUGCUUUAUCCGGGUAGCCGGAGAGUAGAUAAUUGCAGUAGUCUAAUCUAGAAUUGACAAAAUAUAGUGAAAACAAUUGUGGUCCUAAAACGGAACCUUGAGGAACACCGAAACGUACAAUUGAUUUGUCAGAGGACAAACCAUCCACAGACACAAACUGAUAAGAUCUAAACCAGGCAAGAACUUGUCCGUGUAGACCAAUUAGGGUUUCCAAUCUCUCAAAAAGAAGGUGGUGAUCGAUGGUGUCAAAUGCGACAAUAAGGUCUAGGGGCACGAGGACAGAUGCAGAGCCUUGGUCUGACGCCAUUAAAAGGUAAUUUACCACCUUCACGAGUGCAGUGUCAGUACUAUGAUGGGGUCUAAAACCAGACUGGAGUGUUUCAUAUACAUUAUUUGUAUUUAGGAAGGCAGUGAGUUGAUGUGCAAACAGGUUGUAUUAACAUUUUUGAGAGGAAUGGGAGAUUCGAUAUAGACCGUAUUAUUAUUAUUAUUUUUAUAUAUAUACAUUAUUUUUUUUAUAACGUUUUUUAUUUAUUUCCUGGGUCACCGUUUUUUUGGGUUUUUCAGGAGAGGCUUUAUUACUGCCACUUUUAGUGAGUUUGGUACACAUCCAGUGGAUAGGGAGCCAUUUAUUAUGUUCAACAUAGGAGGGCCAAGCACAGGAAGUAGCUCUUUCAGUAGUUUAGUUGGAAUAGGGUCCAGUAGGCAGCUGGAAGGUUUAGAGGCCAUGACUAUUUUCGUGAAUGUGUUGAGAUAGUGUUAAAAACUUGGAGUGUCUCCGUUGAUCUUAGGUCCUGGCAUUUCUGUGCAGACUCAGGACAACUGAGUUUUGGAGAAAUACGUGAAUUCAAAGAGGAGUCCGUAAUUUGCUUUCUAAUGAUCAUGAUCUUUUUGUAGAAAUUCAUGAAUUCAUCACUGCUGAAGUGAAGGACAUCCUCUCUUGGGAAUGCUGCUUUUUAGUUAGCUUUGCGACAGUAUCAAACAUAUAUUUUGGAUAGUAGGCUGAUCGAGCAGCAGUGAGGACUCUUCGAUAUUGCACGGUACUGUGUUUCCAAGCUAGUCGGAAGACUUCCAGUUUGAUGGAGCACCAUUUCUGUUCCAAUUUUCUCUAAGCUUGCUUCAGGGCUCGGGUGUUCUCUAUAUUGCAGGGAGCUAAUUUCUUGUGACAUGUUAUUUGUUUUUCGAGGUGCGAAUGCAUCUAGGGUAUUACACAAGGUUAAAUACCUCUUUAAGGAAUACCUGGGAUAGGAUAAAGUAAUCCUUCUACCCCCCCCUAAAAAAAAAUAAAAAAAAUUUGUAAAGUGGUUAUCCCACUGGCUAUAGGGUGAAUGCACCAAUUUGUAAGUCGCUCUGGAUAAGAGCGUCUGCUAAAUGACGUAAAUGUAAAAUGUAAAUGUAGAUCCUCUGUUAGGUGGUUAACUGAUUUUUGUUCUCCGUCUUCCUUGGGUCGGUGGAAGGCGUCUGGAAGGGCAUCUAUCAAUCUUUGGGUUGUCCGAGAAUUAAUAGCGCAGCUUUUGGUAAUCGUUGGUUGGGGUCUGAGCAGAUUAUUUGUUGUGAUUGCAAAUGUAAUAAGAUGGUGGUCCGAUAGUCCAGGAUUAUGAGGGAAAACAUUUAGAUCCACAAUAUUUAUUCCAAGGGACAAAACUAGAUCCAGGGUAUGACUAUGGGAAUGCGUAGGUCCGGAGACAUGUUGGACAAAACCCACUGAGUCGAUGAUGGCUCUGAAAGCCUUUUGGAGUGGGUCUGUGGACUUUUCCAUGGGAAUAUUGAAGUCACCCAAAAUUUGAAUAUUAUCUGCCAUGACUACAAGGUCCGAUAGGAAUUCAGGGAACUCAGUGAGGAACGCUGUAUACGGCCCAGGAGGCCUGUAAACAGUAGCUAUAAAAGGUGAUUGAGUAGGCUGCAUAGAUUUCAUGACUAGAAGCCCAAAAGACAAACGUAGGCAUUUAUAUAUAUAUAUAUAUUUGUUUUUUACAUUUGCUGUCCUAAAUGUUAGCAACACCUCCGCUUUUGCGGGAUGCACAGGGGAUAUGGUCACUAGUGUAAUCUGGAGGAGAGGCCUCAUUUAACAAAGUCAAUUUAUCAGGCUUGAGCCAUGUUUCAGUCAGGCCAAUCACAUCAAGGUUAUGAUCAUUGAUUAGGUCAUUGACUAUGACUGCCUUGGAAGUGAGGGAUCUAACAUUAAGUAGUCAUAUUUUGAGAUGUGAGAUAUUAUCACAAUCUCUUUCAAUAAUGACAGGAAUGGCGGAGGUCUUUAUUCCAGUGAGAUUGCUAUAGCGAACACCACCAUGUUUAGUUUUGCCCGACCUAGAUCAAGGCACAGACACGGUCUCAAUGGGGAUAGCUGAGCUGACUACACUGACUGUGCUAACAGCCUGCUGCCUGGCCUGCACCCUAUCUCCUUGUGGAGUUAGAGCCCUGUCUAUGUUGAUCGAUAAGAUGAGCGCACCCCUCCAGCUUGGAUGGAGUCCGUCACUCCUCCGCAGGCCUGGCUUGGUCCUGUUUGUGGGGGAGUCCCAGAAAGAGGGCCAGUUAUCUACAAAUUCUCUGUUGGGAGGGGCAGAAAACUGUUUUCAACCAGCGAUUGAGUUGUGCGAGUCUGCUGUAGAGCUCAUCACUCCCCCUAACUGGGAGGGGCCCAGAGACAAUUACUCAAUGCCAACAGAUCUUUCUAGCUGUUACAUGCUGAAGUUAUGUUGCGCUUGGGGACCUCUGACUGUUUCAUCCUAACAUCAUUGGUGCCGACGUGGAUAACAAUAUCCCUAUACCAUCUACAUUCGCCAGUUUUAGCCUCAGCCAGCACCAUCUUCAGAUUAGCCUUUACGUCGGUAGCCCUGCCCCCUGGUAAACAGUGUAUGAUCGCUGGAUGAUUCUUUUUAAAGUCUAAUAUUGCGGGUAAUGGAGUUGCCAAUGACUAGGGUUUUCAAUUUGUCAGAACCAAUGGUGGGAUGCUUCGGCAGCUCAGACCCCGUAAUGUGUGGAGGAGAGACCUGAGAAGGCUCUGGCUCGGACUCCGACCCGUAGCUUAGUGGGGAAACCUGGUUGAAAGUUUCUAUCGGCUGAAUGAGUGACACCGGUUGAGCAUGCUGAAAGCAUUUCUUUCCAGAAGCCCUGAGAAAAUUGUCCGGCUGUGCAGGGGCAUUAACACUAUUACCUGUAUUUACUGAUGGCACAGAUGCUGUAUCAUCCUUUCCUACACUUUAAUUGCCCUCACCUAACGAUUGCAUUUAAUGCCGAGCUUGCAACUCGGCUAUCCUCACCAAAAGGCGAUAGUUCUUCUGUAUAUUAAUAGGGCACCUAUUGGUAGAUGGGUAAAAAUAAAUAAAAAAAUAGACAUUGAAUAUCCCUUUGAUCAUGGGGAAGUUAUUAAUUACACUUUGGAUGGUCACUACAGUGAUACAGGCGUCUUUCCUAACUGUUGAAGGAGAGAAUAAGAGAACCUCCUCCCAGCUGCCCACUGCACUGAGGCUAGGAAACACUAUCACCACCGAUAAAUCUACAAUAAUUGAGAAUUUCAACAAGCAUUUUGCUACGGCUGGCCAUGCUUUCCACCUGGCUACCACUACCCCGGCCACCAGCUCUGCACCCUCCGCUGCAACUUGUAACGUCUGAGAUCCCCAGAGAUUGGAAAGCUGCCGCGGUCAUCCCCCUCUUCAAAGGGGGUGACACUCUAGAUCCAAACUGUUACAGACCUAUAUCCAUCCUCACCUGCCUUUCAAACGUUUUUGAAAGCCAAGUUAACAAACCGAUCACCGACCAUUUAGAAUCCCACCGUACCUUCUCCGCUAUGCAAUCCGGUUUCCGAGCUGGUCAUGGGUGCACCUCAGCCACGCUCAAGGUCCUAAACGAUAUUAUAACCGCAAUCGAUAAUAGACAGUACUGUGCAGCCGUCUUCAUCAACCUGGCCAAGGCUUUCGACUCUGUCAACCACCGCAUUCUUAUUGGCAGACUAAAUAGCCUUGGUUUCUCAAAUGACUGCCUCGCCUUGUUCACCAACUACUUCUCAGAUAGAGUUCAAUGUGUCAAAUCGGAGGGCCUGUUCUCUGGACCUAUGGCAGUCUCUAUGGGGGUGCCACAGGGUUCAAUUCUUGGGCUGACUCUUUUCUCUGUGUACAGUGAGGGGGAAAAAGUAUUUGAUCCCCUGCUGAUUUUGUAUGUUUGCCCACUGACAAAGAAAUGAUCAGUCUAUAAUUUUAAUGGUAGGUUUAUUUGAACAGUGAGAGACAGAAUAACAACAACAAAAUCCAGAAAAACGCAUGUCAAAAAUGUUAUAAAUUGAUUUGCAUUUUAAUGAGGGAAAUAAGUAUUUGACCCCCUCUCAAUCAGAAAGAUUUCUGGCUCCCAGGUGUCUUUUAUACAGGUAACGAGCUGAGAUUAGAAGCACACUCUUAAAGGGAGUGCUCCUAAUCUCAGUUUGUUACCUGUAUAAAAGACACCUGUCCACAGAAGCAAUCAAUCAAUCAGAUUCCAAACUCUCCACCAUGGCCAAGACCAAAGAGCUCUCCAAGGAUGUCAGGGACAAGAUUGUAGACCUACACAAGGCUAAUGGGCUACAAGACCAUCGCCAAGCAGCUUGGUGAGAAGGUGACAACAGUUGGUGCGAUUAUUCGCAAAUGGAAGAAACACAAAAUAACUGUCAAUCUCUCUCGGCCUGGGGCUCCAUGCAAGAUCUCACCUCGUGGAAUUACAAUGAUCAUGAGAACGGUGAGGAAUCAGUCCAGAACUACACAGGAGGAUCUUGUCAAUGAUCUCAAGGCAGCUGGGACCAUAGUCACCAAGAAAACAAUUGGUAACACACUACGCCGUGAAGGACUGAAAUCCUGCAGCGCCCGCAAGGUCCCCCUGCUCAAGAAAGCACAUAUACAUGUCUGAAGUUUGCCAAUGAACAUCUGAAUGAUUCAGAGGAGAACUGGGUGAAAGUGUUGUGGUCAGAUGAGACCAAAAUGGAGCUCUUUGGCAUCAAGUCAACUCGCCGUGUUUGGAGGAGGAAGAAUGCUGCCUAUGACCCCAAGAACACCAUCCCCACCGUCAAACAUGGAGGUGGAAACAUUAUGCUCUGGGGGUGUUUUUCUGCUAAGGGGACAGGACAACUUCACCGCAUCAAAGGGACGAUGGUCGGGGCCAUGUACCUUCAAAUCUUGGGUGAGAACCUCCUUCCCUCAGCCAGGGCAUUGAAAAUGGGUCAUGGAUGGGUAUUCCAGCAUGACAAGACCCAAAACACACAGCCAAGGCAACAAAGGAGUGGCUCAAGAAGAAGCACAUUAAGGUCCUGGAGUGGCCUAGCCAGUCUCCAGACCUUAAUCCCAUAGAAAAUCUGUGGAGGGAGCUGGAGGUUCGAGUUGCCAAACGUCAGCCUUGAAACCUUAAUGACUUGGAGAAGAUCUGCAAAGAGGAGUGGGACAAAAUCCCUCCUGAGAUGUGUGCAAACCUGGUGGCCAACUACAAAAAACAUCUGACCUCUGAUUGCCAACAAGGGUUUUGCCACCAAGUACUAAGUCAUGUUUUGCAGAGGGGUCAAAUACUUAUUUCCCUCAUUAAAAUGCAAAUCAAUUUAUAACAUUUUUGACAUGCGUUUUUCUGGAUUUUUUUGUUGUUAUUCUGUCUCUCACUGUUCAAAUAAACCUACCAUUAAAAUUAUAGACUGAUCAUUUCUUUGUCAGUGGGCAAACAUACAAAAUCAGCAGGGGAUCAAAUACUUCUUUCCCUCACUGUAUAUCAAUGAUGUCGCUCUUGCUGCUGGUGACUCUCAGAUCCACCUCUACGCAGACGACACCAUUUUGUAUACAUCUGGCCCUUCAUUGGACACUGUGUUAACAAACCUCCAAACGAGCUUCAAUGCCAUACAACACUCCUUCCGUAGCCUCCAACUGCUCUUAAACACUAGUAAAACUAAAUGCAUGCUCUUCAAUCGAACGCUGCUGGCACCCGCCCACCCGACUAGAAUCACUACUUUCGGCGGGUCUGACCUAGAGUAUGUGGACAACUACAAAUACCUAGGUGUCUGGUUAGACUGUAAACUCUCCUUCCAGACUCACAUUAAGCAUCUCCAAUCCAAAGUUAAAUCUAGAAUCGGCUUCCUAUUUCGCAACAAAGCCUCCUUCACUCAUGCUGCCAAACAUGCCCUCGUUAAACUGACUAUUCUACCGAUCCUUGACUUCGGCAAUGUCAUUUACAAAAUAGCCUCCAACACUCUUCUCAGCAAAUUGGAUGUAGUCUAUCACAGUGCCAUCCGUUUUGUCACCAAAGCCCCAUAUACUACCCACCACUGUGACCUGUACGCUCUUUUUGGCUGGUCCUCACUACAUAUUUGUCGCCAAACCCACUGGCUCCAGGUCAUCUAUAAAUCACUGCUAGGCAAAUCCCCGCCUUAUCUUAGCUCAUUGGUCACCAUAGCAACACCCACCCGUAGUAUGCGCUCCAGCAGGUAUAUCUCACUGGUCAUCCCCAAAGCCAACACCUCCUUUGGCCGCCAUUCCUUCCAGUUCUCUGCUGCCAAUGACUGGAACGAACUGCAAAAAUCUCUGAAGCUGGAGACUCUUAUCUCCCUCACUAACUUUAAGCAUCAGUUGUCAGAGCACCUUACCGAUCACUGCACCUGUACACAGCCCAUCUGAAAUUAGCCCACCCAACUACCUCAUCCCCAUAUUGUUAUUUAUUUUGCUAAUUUGCACCCCAGUAUCUCUAUUUGCACAUCAUCUCUUGCACGUCUAUCAUUCCAGUGUUAAUACUAAAUUGUAAUUAUUUUGCACUAUGGCCUAUUUAUUGCCUUACCUUCAUAACUUGCUACAUUUGCACACACUGUAUAUAUAUUUUCUGUUGUAUUUUUGACUUUAUGUUUUGUUUACCCCAUAUGUAACUCUGUGUUGUUGUUUUUUAUCGCACUGCUUUGCUUUAUCUUGGCCAGGUCGCAGUUGUAAAUGAGAACUUGUUCUCAACUGGUUUACCUGGUUAAAUAAAGGUGAAAUAAAAUAAAAAUAAAAAGAGGAAGGAUUAAUGGCUGUGAUAGGAGAAAUUGAGGAUGGUCUCAAUUGGUAGAGCAUGGCGCUUGUAACGCCAGGGUAGUGGGUUCGAUCCCCGGGACCACCCAUACGUAAAAAUGUAUGCACACAUGACUGUAAGUCACUUUGUAUAAAAGCGUCUGCUAAAUGGCUUAUUAUUAUUAUUAUUAUUAUUUAUCAACAACAUUGUCGUUACUCCACAAUGCUAACCUAAUUGACAGUGAAAAGAAGGAAGCCUGUAAAGAAUACAAAUAUUCUAAAACAAGCAUCCUGUUUGGAACAAGGUACACUGCAAAAAAUGUGGCAAAGCAAUAAACAUUUUGUCCUGAAUACAAAGUGUUACGUUUGGGGCAAAUGCAACACAUCACUGAAUACCACUCUCCAUAUUUUCAAGCAUAGUGGUGGCUGCAUCAUGUUAUGGGUAUGCUUGUAAUUGUUAAGGGCUGGGGAGUUUUUCAGAAUAAAAAAGAAAGGUAAUGGAGCAAAGCACAGGCAAAAUCCUAGAGGAGACCUGGUUCAGGCUGCUUUCCACCAGACACUGGGAGAUAAAUUCACCUUUCAGCAGGGCGAUAACCUAAAACACAAGGCCAAAUCUACAUUGGAGUUGCUUAACAAAAAGACAGUAAAUGUUCCUGAGUUGCCGCAUUACAGUUUUGACUUAAACUUACUUAUAUCUAUGGCAAGACCUGAAAAAGGUUGUCUAGCAAUGAUCAACAACCAAUUAGACAGCUUGAAGAAUUUUGAAAAUAAUAUUGGUCAAGUGUUGCACAAUCCAGGUGUGGAGAGCUCUUAGACUUACCCAGAAAGACUCACUGCUGUAAUCGCUGCCAAAGGUGGUUCUAACGUGUAUUAACUCAGGAGUGUGAAUACUACUGUAAAUUAGAUAUUUCUGUAUUUAAUUUUCAAUAAAUGUGGAAACAGUUCUAAAAACAUGUUUUCACUUUGUGAUUAUGGGGUAUUGUGUGUAGAUGGUGAGAUUAUUUUACAAUUAUUACUCAGGCUGUAACACAACAAAAUGUUAAAUAAGUCAAGGGGUAUUAAUACUUUCUGAAGGCACUGUAGGUAAUUAAUCAAUGACAUGUUGAGAUGAGUAGCUGUAGCACAGGUUUUAGAGCCAGUCAACUGAAAAAAGCCUCUGUCAAUCAAUAUUAUUCCAUUUACAUUCUCCAAGCCUUCCAACUAGCAAGUGUAUAUACAUGUUGUUUUCAGAACAUGUUGGUUGCUGUGUGUGUUUACGAACAACUAAAUGGUCAAACCGAAACUUUCCCAAUGAUGUCAGGAUGAUGUCUUCCUCUUUCCACAAUAACGUCGUAAAAUGUUGGCAUCUCCACGCCAUACAUCUACCACCUCAUCCUGGGGUGCUGCUAGCCAAUGAUGAGCCAGAGAAAAUAAAGAGAACUAGACAGACUUGCCAAAUAUUUAUUACCAUCUGAGAGCACUUUAUUACUUCUCUUGUAUUCCUCUCUGUUUUCAUACUGACAUCUGUUUUCUUGGCUCUACAUCUCACUGAUGCAGAGGGAAGGAACGUGCUCUCAAAUAUCUAACUAGUUUCCUCUUCUUCUCUCUCUUUCCUUCCAUCUCCAUCCAGAUAACCACCACAUUCCCCAAGGACCCCCAGUACACAUUCUGCUCCACACAACGCUUCCCCAUUGAGAACAGAGACAUCCUGGGAGAGACACAGGUACACAUUAUCACACACCAUUCAGCUCCACACAACGCUUCCCCAUUGAGAACAGAGACAUCCUGGGAGAGACUUGCUCAGUAACACACCCACAAUAACAACUAAAAGGGUUCUAUUUUGUUUGCUUCAGUGGCCAAAUGGUGACCUACAUACUUCUCUCUGUCUCAGAGCUUUCAGAAGGCUCUGUCAUUUCUUUCCUGACAUAUAACCCUCUUUGGCAACAGCCAUCAUUUCUGCUAUGUUUCAACCUGACCUGAUCACAUAUGGGUGUCUGCCAGUGAAAAUGAAUGCUCAUGUUUAGAGUCCCUGGGCUAUGGGGGGGUUAUAGGAGUUAUUAAUCUUGAUCAUAUUCCAUGUUUUCCCCUUUCCUUAUGUGUGUCCGUGUGUAACAGGAUUUCCACAGUUUAGCUACGUACCUGUCCCAGUGCACCUCCGCUGUAUUCCUGGACAUUGUGUCAGACUUUCACCUACUCAUCUUUCUGGUCACCAACGAGGUCAUGCCUCUCAGAGUAAGUACUGUAAUGCUACACUCUCUUUCACACACAAACACUCUCAUACAGAUUUGCUCACACACACACAAACAAAACACGUUCAAGCAAAAUGUUUUGGUUUGUUGUCACGCUACAAAAGGUUCUGAUUAUCACCACGUUUGUCCAAUGUGGAAGUGGUUAUGGUUUUUCCUGAGAAUAUCUUUGUUGAUUGCGGUUAGAUACAUUACACGCUUUACAUAAUCACGCUUCACCAUCUGGCAGUCCGAAAAACAAAUCUGGGUUUGGCGGAUGCCAGGAGAACGCUACCUACCCCAAUGCAUAGUGCCAACUGUAAAGUUUGGUGGAGGAGGAAUAAUGGUCUGGGGCUGUUUUUCAUGGUUCAGCCUCCUUAGUUCCAGUGAAGGGAAAUCUUAACGCUACAGCAUACAAUGACAUUCUAGACGAUCCUGUGCUUCCAACUUUGUGGCAAGAGUUUGGGGGAGGCACUUUCCUGUUUCAGCAUGACAAUGCCCCCGUGCACAAAGCGAGGUCCAUACAGCAAGUCCCUGCAGCAAUGUUCCAACAUCUAGUGGAAAGCAUUCCCAGAAGAGUGGAAGGUUAUAGCAGAAAAGGGGGGACCAACUUCAUGUUAAUGCCCAUGAUUUUGGAAUGAGAUGUUCGACGAGCAGGUGUCCACAUACUUUUGGUCAUGUAGUGUACCUUUACGUACUUUUACCUAAAAAUUGCCUUUUGACUUAUUCCAAAUUUUUGUUGUUACAACCUGAAUACAGAAUGGAUUACAAAUCUUUUUUGCUCACCCAUCUACACACGAUACCCGCUAAUGACAAAUUGAAAACAUGUUUUUAGAAUUGUUUUGCUAAUUUAUUGAAUAUGAAAUACAGACAUAUCUAACUCACGUAAGUAUUCAAACCCUUGAGUCAAUACAUGUUCGAUUCACCUUUCGCAGUGAUUACAGCUGUGAGUCUUUCUGCAUAAGUCUCUUAAGAGCUUUGCACACCUGGAUUGUACAAUAUUUGCACAUUAUUAUUUUUAAAAUUCUUCAAGCUCUGUCAAGUUGGUUGUUGAUCAUUGCUAGACAGCCAUUUUCAAGUCUUUACAUAUAUUUUCAAGCCUAUUUAAGUCAACUGUAAUUCAUGUUCAACACUUUUAUUGCACGCAGAGUGAGUCCAUGCAACUUAUUAUGUGACUUGUUAAGCACAUUUUUACUCCUGAACUUUAGGCUUGCCAUAACAAAGGGGUUGAAUACUUUUCAUUUGUUAUUAAUUUGUAAAACAUUUGUAAAAACAUAUUUCCACUUUGACAUUAUGGGGUAUUGUGUGUAGGCCAGUGACACACAAUCUCUAUAUAAUCCAUUUUAAAUUCAGGCUUUAACACAACGAAAUGUGGAGAAAGUCAAGGGGUGUGAAUACUUUCUUAAGGCGCACUGGACAGUCAUGGUCAAACGUUUUGAGAAUGACACAAGUAUUGGUCUUCACAAAGUUUGCUGCUUCAAUGUUAUGAGAUUUUUGUCAGAUGUUACAAUGGUAUACUGAAGUAUAAUUACAAGCAAAUUACAUUAAAUUUAUGCAAAGAGUCAAUAUUUACAGUGUUGACCCUUCUUUUUCAAGACUUCUGCAGUCCGCCCUGGCAUGCUGUCAAUUAACUUCUGGGCCACAUCCUGACUGAUGGCAGCCCAUUCUUGCAUAAUCAAUGCUUGGAGUUUGUCAGAAUUUGUGGGUUUUUGUUUGUCCACCCGCCUCUUGAGGAUCGACCACAAGUUCUCAAUGGGAUUAAGGUCUGGGGAGUUUCCUGGCCAUGGACCCAAAAUGUCGAUGUUUUGUUCCCCGAGCCACUUAUGGCAAGGUGCUCCAUCAUGCUGGAAAAGGCAUUGGUCGUCACCAAACUGUUCUUGGAUGGUUGGGAGAAGUUGCUCUCUGAGGAUGUCUUGGUACCAUUCUUUAUUCAUGGCUGUGUUCUUAGGCAAAAUUGUGAGUGAGCCCACUCCUUUGGCUGAGAAGCAACCCCACACAUGAAUGGUUUCAGGAUGCUUUACUGUUGGCAUGACACAGGACUGAUGGUAGCGCUCACCUUGUCUUCUCUGGACAAGGUGUUUUCCGGAUGCCCCAAACAAUCGGAAAGGGGAUUCAUCAGAGAAAUGACUUUACCCCAGUCCUCAGCAGUCCAAUCCCUGUACCUUUUGCAGAAUAUCAGUCUGUCCCUGAUGUUUUUCCUGGAGAGAAGUGGCUUCUUUGCUGCCCUUCUUGACACCAGGCCAUCCUCCAAAAGUCUUCGCUUAACUGUGCGUGCAGAUGCACUCACACCUGCCUGCUGCCAUUCCUGAGCAAGCUCUGCACUGGUGGUGCCCCGAUCCCACAGCUGAAUCAACUUUAGGAGACGGUCCUGGCGCUUGCUGGACUUUCUUGGGUGCCCUGACGCCUUCUUCACAACAAUUGAACCUCUCUCCUUGAAGUUCUUGAUGAUCCGAUAAAUGGUUGAUUUAGGUGAAAUCUUACUUGCAGCAAUAUAUUUGCCUGUGAAGCCCUUUUUGUGCAAAGCAAUGAUGACUGCACGUGUUUCCUUGCAGGUAACCAUGGUUAACAGAGGAAGAACAAAGAUUUCAAGCACCACCCUCCUUUUAAAGCUUCCAGUCUGUUAUUCUAACUCAAUCAGCAUGACAGAGUGAUCUCCAGCCUUGUCCUCGUCAACACUCUCACCUGUGUUAAGUUCAUUUUCAUGGCAAAGAGGGACUUUGUAAUAAAUUGCAAUUCAUCUGAUCACGCUUCAUUACAUUCUGGAGUAUAUGUAAAUUGCCAUCAUCAACACUGAGGCAGCAGACAUUGUGAAAAUUAGUAUUUGUGUCAUUCUCAAAACUUUUGACCACGACUGUAUGUUGUGUAACAGGGUUAUAAUGAUCUGUUCACAGGACAGCAUUGGUCUGCUGCUGGACGCAGUGAAGACAAAAGACGAGGAGCUGGCUCAGACCUGGAAGAAGUCUGAGCAGUGGGCCACCAUCGAGCAGCUGUGCAGUAAGUACCACUGGACAUCAAGGAGGGCGCUGACAUGCCUUAGUUGAAAUUAUUACAUUUCUAUUGCUGUUGGGAAGUUUUUGGUUGGAUUUUAAAGUGAUGGAUGAGUUGAUCUUGUCUUGCGUUCAAUUCAGUAGACCUUUAUUGACCAAAAAUACCAAUUUGGAUGCAGCUCAUUACAUGCAUCAUUCCUACAUACAAAAAUAAGUCUGAAAAGUCAUCCCUGGUAAGAGUCACUGCUCUGUUGUCCUUAACCUCUGACCGCUCUCUCUUCUCUCCUCAGGCACGGUGGGUGGGCAGUCAUCGGGCCCUCAGGAGUUCGGGGCCGUGGGCGGGGGCCCCUCUACCCCAGCGUCGUCCUCAGCCAUGUGGUCUUGCCUCCACUGCACCUUCAUGAACCAGCCAGGCACAGAGCUCUGUGAGAUGUGCAGCCUGCCGAGGGGUUAA